AUGAAGCGUGCGUGCUCUCCAAACUCGAUAACGCCGCUGGAUUACUCCAUCGUGACCACAGAAGGUUUGGAAAGACCCGAUGUCGUCAAUGAUGCACAAAGUUAUAUCUUGGGAGGCGUUCUGGGAGCUGGAAAGUUUGCGUGGCUCGCUCGUGGUGCUACUUUGGAAGUCAUAAAUACCAUAAAUGGUGAGAGACAAGCGUGCUGUCGGUUUGGUUGGAGCCCACAACGGCAGCGCUUUCUGUCCAUUUCUUCAGUCAACGAACUUCAUAUCGAAGACGGUACAAAGCUUUUGGUAGGGCUAAAGGACUUAUCAAGUGGCGGUGCAGGAGUUUUGGUCAUUUUUGAUCCUUUGCUGUCGCGGGUGAUCAAAGCUAUUGAGGUUCCGUACCCUGUCACCGUAGUUGAAAGCGUUACCAGCUCUGGGGGAGCUCAAGCAGCUCCACAUGCUCUCAGGUUAGUUUACAGUGUACAAAUUAUGCUUCACUCUGACCUAGGGCUAACGCUCGAAACGUCAGCUUUGAAACUCUUUACGGUGGCCAAUUUACCUUAUCAACUUAGUUGAUAAAACAAAAUAUCUUGUUACACUCCCCAACCGACGCAGCACCGCGGUUUCCUUAGAAUCGUACCCCCUAGUUUACAGCAGGACGUAACAUGUCGAUCAUUUCAAAAGUCGAUCGAUGUCGAUUGAAAUCGAGUUUAAUCAAUCGACAAAUAAAAUGAUAGAAAUCGAUCACAAGGUUUCUUUUUAUUGUCGAUUAUUAACUCUAAUGUUUUUCCUGUCUGGAUGUUAACUGUCUAAGGAUUGGGAGAAUUCUGCAGGGUAUUCUGCCGGUUAGCCAAGGAUUGUUCCUGUUACAGUCAAACCUUGAUUAUCCGGACCGGUGGUGACUGAGCAGAAUUGUCUGAAUGAUCAAAAGUCCAAAUACCGUAUUCGCAUGUGUAUAGGCCACACUCAUGUAUAAACCGCACCCCAACUUUUGACCAUGUUUUCUUGAAAAAAAAAUAAUUUCAUGUUUUCUUGAAAGGACAAAAGGCCUGGCAAGUGAUGCAUACCACCAAGAUAUAUUUGUUUAUAUCACAAACUUCAUCAUAAUGAAUAAUCUAAUAUAGCAUGCCAUCGAUCAAACAAAAAUUACAAAUGCAAACAACAAUGGUGAUUCAUAUCUUUAAAAUGGUCUUAAAGUUAGAAAAGGUAAAGUUCAGUUCAAUGUUCACCAGCUUUAAAAUCCUUCAAAAGUUAUUUUCAUCGUCACUCUUGCCAAACAAUGCCAGAUAGGAAGCUUCGUCAAUCUCCGCUUCAGCCACUUCAUUUUUGUCAGCAUAGUAAAGUUCGCUGUCAUCCUCAGGUAGUAGUUCACUGUCCACAGCAUCCUCCUCUUCAUCUUGUCACAAGAAAUCUUCCUCGCUGCCAUCCAGGGCAUUCGUGAUGCUGCAUUUUAGGAAGGACUUCCUAAUUAGUUGCUAAGGUAUCUCAUACCAAGCUUCUUUGAUCCAUGUGCAGAUCACAUCCAGCUCAACCUUCUGCUUUCUGCUACUGGCUGUCAAUGUGUGCUCCUCAGACAAUAUCCAUUCCCACCACUUUGGUCGUAUGAUAUCUCUGAACAGCUUGUUCAUGCAGACGUCAAGAGGCUGCAACUUGCUAGUCAUACCACUAGGGAUAAUUGCAGUACAGUGUUCAGAUAGGUUAGUUUGUUCUUAACAGGCUGUGUCAAGUGGCCUCUAAAUGAGUCCCACACAAGGAGGGACCUAUGCUUUGAGAGACCUCCAACUUUAGCUCAAAUAGAGGUCAACCAGUCUUUGGCCUUGUCCAUCCAACCCUUUUUGUGGUAUCUUACAAGCACACCAUCAGGGAACUUGACUUUCUUUGGCAGGGUCUUCCUCUUACAAGCACACCAUCAGGGAACUUGAGUUUCCUUGGCAGGGUCUUCCUCUUGAAAACAACAUAAGGGGGAGUUUAGAGCCAUCUCCUCUACAAGCUAACAUCAUGGUGAAAGGGUCCUUCUUGUGUCCCAUGCUGAUAAUCGGCACGGACUUGAUUCUGCUGGAAGAAACUGGCAUGUUUGAUGCAAUGUCAAGUGUUAGUGAUAUUUGAUCUGCAUUUCCAGUCAUGCUUAGAUCAUAGUCAUAGCGUUGCCGCAUUCACAAAAUGAACUGUUGGAAGUUGAUGAGCUUGUCUUCAAAGUUCUCAGGAAGUUUCUGGGCCACUGUGGUCCUACGGCGAAUAGAGAAGCUGUUGCAGGCAAGAAACUUGUAACACCAGCUUUGUGAUGUCUUGAACGUGUCAGCUGCAAUAUCUUUUUCACAGGCAAGGGCCUUGGCUUUUAAGCAGAUUACAGUUGUAGAUACUGCAACUCCUUCUUGUCUCUUUGAAGUAAUCCAUGCAGCAAGGUCUUCUUCAAUUUCAGGAAAUUGGGCACUUUUCCCUGCCUGGCUCAUUUACUGCAAGGCAUUUUCUUGAGGUUCUCCUUCAGUGACCUCCAUCUCCACACACACUUUUCAUUGACUGAAAAACUCCUUCCAGCAGCACUAUUCCCGUUUUGUUUUGUAAACAACACAACCUUCAACUUAAAGCCAGCAGUGUAGGAAACAUGAGGUGAUCCUUUUUCAGACAUUUUCUAAUGUGAUCAAUGAUCAGAGUAAAAAACCGUGUUAACAAGGUGUCUUUGAUGCACAGACUAGGAUCAAGAUUACCAUUUAGAACAAAGAUAAUUGUUUUAAUUGGUUGUUUAUUUCUAUUAUCACUCCAUUUAUAUAUUAGCAUUAAGUGGGACCUCUCAGGAAACAUAUAAAAAUGAACACGACUUGCACACACAGAGAAAUAAAUGGUGGCAUGUGGCCUCUUACAUGUGGAUUGUUAUAGGUUGCUAAGAUUACUGAAUGAAUCAAAGAUAGCAGCAGACUCAACUUUAUCACAUAUGAAAGUUUAUGUUGCGUUUUCUAUGCAGUGUUUGAUGUCCUUAGAUUCUGCUUUCAUUGUGAAUCUCAAAUCGAAUUCAAACAAUAAGCACAUGGGACAUGCAAUUGCCACCUCAGUGUACUUCUUUGCUUGCAAACGUGUUCUGGCUAUACAUGAAAAAUUACGUGAAAACUUUAAAAGGGGUUUCCAUUUAAACAUAAAGAUUUAAGGUACACCAUGUAUAGGCCACACCCCCAUUUUGCGCAAAAUUUAUAUGAGAAAAAAGGGCAGCCUUUAAUGUGCGAAUAUGGCAGUCAAAAUUGGUCUAUACUAAAACAAUGGAUGGCAUCAAGGGCACUCUGAUUGGCUAUUUGAAAGCUGAUUUGCGCAGGAUUUGCACCCCAAAAUUUGUAUUCAUUGCAGGAAUGAAUUAUUUAAAAUCAUCUUUUUCUGCCAUAUUUUCUCACUGUCUAGUUUAAACUAAAACAACUAUUCACAUGAGUGAAGGCAGUUAGCAAUGGAUAUUUAUGCUUUGCUUCUUUGUAAAUAUCCAUCACAAGCCACCUCCACUUUGGUGAAUAGUUCUAAAUAUGAAUAUUAAUGUGCCAAAAAUAACACUACAUAUCAUUUAAUGAAUAUUAUGCUUGAAUUAAAGUAUAUUCUAAAUCAUUUUACGUCAUUGCCAAAAUUUGUCAAAGUAUUUACAAAAAUGUUUUAUGGCAACAACAUAUAACUAUCUAAAAUGCUGACAUUAAUCAGUUUAUUUGAAGCUGCAUCAACAUGUUCACAAUGAUAGUUCUAUUAUUCUUGGAAGCUGCAUUAAUGAAUGGCAUCAACAUUGUUUCAGUUCAUGGGCUUUGUUUGAUGGGAAAAGUUGGGUACAGAUCUCAAAUGAGACUAACUAAUAUUCAUGAAAAAAUGGAACCAGAGAAGUGAGUCCAGAUAACAGAAAAAAAAAUUAAUAGAGGUCUGGAUAAUUGAGAUUCAACUGUUUUAGGGACCUUAUUAUGCUUUGUCAUUAAGGCAGCUCCAUAGGAUUUUUGCUUAAUGUUGGCAUGCCCACUAGCAUUAUGUUUGUCUAGAAAAUUUUUAUGUUUUGCUUUUCUUGGUCACUAAAAGCCAUUAAGAGGGUAAUGAGCAAGGUUCAGGCUAUUGUUUGCUGUAGUAAAUAUUAUCAAAAUGAUUUUUGUUAUUAAGCUAAGACUCCACUUGGGGAGGCACUUGCCAGUGGUAAUUUGGCUCAGCUUUGAUUUUCUUCAAUUUUCUUCAGUGAAAUCUUGUCCUGCCAAUCAUUUAAGACCUGAAAAAAUUGGGGUUGUAAAGGCAGUUUCCUCGCUAUAUGCAAUUUUGUAUUUUCUUCCACCUCAAAUUUGGCCUGAUGAAUUUGUCUGUCAACGGGCACCAGCAAGGGCACAAAUAUGUUUAAUGGUCUAGCAAAUCUUGGGACUUUCCACUGAAGGGAAACACAAUGAAUCUUGCUUGAAAGAUCCCUAUUUUCUUUGUCUCAAAAUAUUAUGUUAUGGAUAGAACUUCGCCAAGAUGUAUAUUUGAGUGUGUGUAAACUUUACAAUUUGUCACAAUCUGUCACCUUUUGGCAAUUUUUCCCAUGGUGUUUCUUUUUGUUUGACCUCUCUUUCAGGCAUAGAAGGCCUAUGAAUAUUACAGGUGUAGUUGCUGGAAACCCUAGAUUCCAUCACACAAAAAGUGUAUUGUGUUAAACUGUUUUUAAGACAUCUUUUCAGAUAACAAUAGUGCAAUUGUAUUGAGCUGCCAUGUUUUUUUGCAUGUUAACACUCUUAAAACUCAUGCUAUGUUUGCACCCAGAUCCCGAGCAGUCAAAAAACCAUAUGAAACCUCCUUAAGGUGAUUCCCAAGAAAGAAUAGUUGUCAGUAAACCUGAAAAAUACAUGUAGCUUGCAUUAUUUUCAUCUUACCCCGUAAAUACACCAAGAUUAUCCUAAAUCAUCCACUUAAGUCAGAAGAUGCAAGAAUAAUUGUGUCAGUAUUAUAUGCCAGUCAGCCUUGUGGCCAAUAUAAUGAGUUCUUUAGGUGCAAGGUCAUAGCAGAACAUUAUGCAGCUUUAAUCUCUAUGGAAUAAUUACAGAUUAUGCAAAUUAUGAAGAGCACAAAACUGUUACUUAAUUACCAUGGUGUGUCUCUUCUUUUUUCUAAAAUCUAAGUGCUUGAAAAUUAUGAGGGCAAAUUAACAUGUGGCCAACAUGCCAACAAGAAGUCAAUGUUUCUGCAUUUAGCAGGACUCUUUUUGGUAAUGUAUAGAUUUGGGAUUCAUCAUUUAAACUUCUUUCUAUAAUUUCAGUCCCCAGUUGAGGCUGCUGUUUGGUAUUGCAGCUGUUGGUACUGAACAAGGGCACUGUUAUUUAGUGGAUCUUCGCCUUGAUGAUGAAGAUGAACAGUUUGAUGAGUGGCGCACAAGCCCUAUUGAAGUAGUUGAUCCUUUAGCAUGUGAUUUGGCUCAACUCAGAAAUACUGCCAGGACCAAUGAAAGCCAUUUAGGAAUUGAAGUGGGAGGUAUGUCAAACUAUUGGACAAGUUGUUGUACAUUUUGAAAUCAAAUGCAUAUGCAUUGUAGCCUUGAAACAUGUAUAGGUAUGCCGUAAAGCUAGAGUUCAUUAGAAUGUAAAAAUAGCUAAUCAGUAUUUUUCCCCCAGUAAUACUUAAGUAAAUAACCUUAACUGCCUCUUGUAUGUGAGAUAAGUGAAAUUUUUGUUAAGUUACUGUGCUCAGUGGGCUGUACCAUUAUUUGGGCUUACUGUUCAAAAGCCUCAGUUUAAAAUUCAGUCAUGUUUUGUCAUCUCUCUCACCAGCAUUUCUACACAGGCACUGGUUAUCUGAUUAAAACACUCAGUCAAUGAUCUUUGACUGCUCCUAUGGCUGGCUUUUCACAUCAGAUCUAGUAAACAAUUGAAACAAUUCUUAAUAGUGUUGGUUUUGUGACUAAAAAUUGAUUUUUUUUGGACAUAGUUUGAUCAAUUCAUAGACCCAACGUUUUGACACUUCUGUCUAGUGCCUUCAUCAGGGGUGAUCUAAAUGCUGCAUCAAGAGGUCCUUUUAUACAUUCACUAAUUAGCUGUCCUUUUUUUUCUGACAAGGCAUAAAUAGGCAUCAGGAAGUACUCUGCCAUCAUCAUGAUUUAAAGGAGCAUGGGCUGAGUUGAUAUGCCGCGCUUCCAAACAAAGGGGGUGGUAAUAAUGUCAAUUAGUGGAGAUAAUUUUAGACGUAUCCCACUCAAUUGUAUGGUUGGUUAGGCAUGUGUGCUCCCAUAAAGCUGAAUUUUCUUUUUUACAAAAGAAGACCACUUUUUGAUACUCUUUCAAAUGUGUAUCAAACUGAUGUUUGGUCUGUCCAAUAUACUCGUUAUCACAGUCAUUGCAAGGAAUAGAAUAAUUAGCAUCAGUUUGUUGGAUCCUUAAGUUUGGCAAAAAUAUGCCUCAAAGUCUGAAAAGGUUUUUGAGCAACUUUAACAUUGUGGCUAUUCAAAAUUCACCUGAUGGGUUCUGUAAAACCCUGAAUGUUGGGAAUAACGGCAAAACCAGUUGCUGGUUUCCUCUCAUCAGGAGUGCUACUAGUUGUAACUGGUUUUCAGCAGUUACAGAGAAAAGUUUUGGUAUAGCCAUUUGCCUUGAGGACAUUAGAAACAUAACUCCUCUCCUUAGCCUUCGAAUUGAGUGAAGAGCCUUUAGCCCUCUUGACUAAAAAUUUUGGCUACAGACUUUUUAAGGCAAAUAUGGUGGUGAGAAUCAACAGCAAGGUAUUUUUCAGUGUGGGUAGGUUUAUAAUAGACAUUUGCCUCUAAAUUCACCUGUUCCCCUCUAUGCACAUUUAAAUCUAGAAAGGUCAAAUGUCUAUCCUUUUCAUGCUUAAGGGUGAAUUGGAUAGAUGGCUCUACUGAAUUCAAGUGUGAUAGGAGGCGUUCCACAGAAAUGACAUCAUCAACGUAUCGUUUCCAGAGAAAGGGUUUAACCGGUGAAGUGGUUAAGGCCCUUUGUUCCACGUUGUCCAUUACCAUAUUGGCAAUGACAGCAGAGAUGGGCAUAUUCAUAGCUAGACCAAAAACCUGUUGAAAGUAGGUGUGGUUGUAUGUAAAUUGGGUGGUUUUGAGGCAAAAAGACAGCAGAUGAAUAAUAUCCUCCACAGGCAAAGAAGUUCUUUGUCCCAGGGAAGCAUCUUCUUUAAGUCUCUCCUUUGCAACCUCAACACCAAGAUCAACUGAUAUUUUAAUGAAGAGCAAAUCAAUGUUGAAAGAUACUAAUUCUUCAUGAGUGUUAAGGGUUUUAUCCCUUAUGAAAUCUUCAAAUUCGCAGGAAUUCUAGACAGUGUAAUCAGUAUUCCCAACAACAGGCAACAAAAUUUUUGCAAGAUAACCAGAAAUUGCCAUAGUCGGGGAAUUAACAAAAUUAACAAAUGAGACGAUAGGUCUCAAUGGAAUUCCUGGUUUAUGGAUUUUAAGUAAGCCAUAAAAACAUGGACAUAAGCCUUCACCACUGUAUAACAUUUUGUAUGUAUGCCUGAGUAUGCUCCUUACUUCUACUCUUACCAGGUGCCUUUGGUCAUCAUUGAGUUGAGAAAUGCUCUCCUCAACCGCGGUGACAAUUUCAGCUGACAGUAUUUUGCAAGGAGCAAUAGUGAACCUUUCUCUAAACCACUCCACUCCAGCAGGGAUAACUCCUCAAGGAAGAGGUUCAUGACCCAUUUGUCUUUCAGAGAUGAGCCUGAAUUAGCAGGAGACCUCUUAAUAAGCAAAUGACGCAAUUUUCUGUCAUGUUUCUCUCUCUUUUUGGUAAAUGUCUGUUGUUCUUUGGAAUGGCAGAACUCCUUGACCCUGGAGGUUUUCAGAAUUGUUAAUCAAAGCAGAGAGUUCUCUGAGUGAACAAAGGAAUAACAUACGCAACCACAGUAUAGAACUGUGACAUUCAUGUAUUCAUAACUUCUGAAAAGAAAAACCAGUAUGGACCAUGAGCUUGUAUCCCUUAUCACUCCGCAAAGAAGGCCUCAAUUGUAAACUUGAUGAAAGCACAUAGUUCUCUUUACAUCGGAAUACUUGGCAAUGCAGACUCUUGAUGUUUGCGAGCUGGUUGACCCCUGUAACAACAGUUUGAGCUAUUUACACCUCGUCAGAAAAAAAGGGCAGCUAAUUAGUGAGCAUAUAAAAGGACCUCUUGUUGCACCAUUUAGAUCACCCUAGAUUAAGUCACUAGACAGCAGUGUCGAAAGAUUUGGGUCUAUGAAUUGUAACUUCUCAAUUACAUUCAUAAAAUCUCUAAAUCAGAGUAGCAUCAAACCAUGUCUGAUUGCCAUUUGAACUUUAAUAUAUCAAUUUUUUUGUUUAACAAUGUUUGGAAUAAACUUUGAAAAAUUAGUUCUAUGAUGAAAAUUUGUGUGCUAAAGGUGAGGAUGGAUUCAAGAACCCUUGUCAGCAGAUAGUACAAGCCUGUCAGGAUCCUUUUUAAGAGCUAUAAUUGCAUUGAAAACAUCCUUCUGAAUGUUUUUGGGAGGAGGUUUAGCAUGCCUGAGUAUGCUGCUUACUUCUGCUCUUACCAAGUACCUAGAAGCACUCCUGUACCAGUAGCACUCCUGAUGAAAGGGAACCAGCGACUGGUUGUGUUGUUAUUCCCUACAUUCAGGGUGUUAUGGAACCCAUCAAGAGAAUUUUGAAUAGCCACAAUGUUAAAGUUGCUCAAAAACCUUUUCAGAAUUUGGGGUAUAUUUUUGCCAAACCUAAGGAUCCCGUCAUUAAAGAACAAUGAGCCAACCCCACUUAUUCUAUUCCUUGUAAUGACUGUGACAACGAAUACAUCAGACAGACCAAACGUAAAUUUGCUACACGUUUGAAAGAGCAUCAAAAAGCAGUUUUCUUUGGCAAAAAAGAAAAUUCAGCUCUAUCAGAGCACACAUGCUUAACUAACCAUAUAAUUGAGUGGGAUAAGUCUAUAAUUAUCACCACUAAUUGGCAUUACCACCAGCACCUUUGUUUGGAAGCUUGGCAUAUUAACUCCACCCAUGCUCCUUUAAAUCAUGAUGAUGGCGGCUUACUUCCUGAAGCCUAUUUUACACCUCGUCAGAAAAAAGGCAGCUAAAUAGUGAUCAUAUAAAAGGACCUCUUGUUGCAGCGUUUAGAUCACCCCUGAUGAAGGCAUUAGACACGAGUGUCGUAAUGUUGGGUCAAUGAAUUGUAACUUCUUUGGUUACAUUCAUUAAAUCUGUAAAUUAGAGUAGCAUCAAACCAUGUGUGAUUAUCCAGCUGGUUGCUAUGUUAACUUUAAUAUAUUUUGGUCUUAUUCUAUCUACCCAAAACAGCAUCAUUUAAGAGGUUUCUAAUUUUUCACUCUAUUGCAUUUAGGAGUAACUCAUUGACUUUUUCAGCUCAAUCUGCCUGACCCAUAUUGAUAUGUUACUUGUAAGUGGACUCUCCUGACACAUGUUUCAAUGUAGGCAUGUAUCUUACUCACUAGUUCACCUUGCCUGCAUUAGAUUACUACGCAUAGUUCAUAGCAAAGAUGAUGGUUAUUUUAUUGCUCUAUCGUGACUUAACUUUCAUUUCAUCUCAGGUUGUUGCCACACCUUUGGAAGAUUUUCAUAUGUGAGUUGUGACUUUACUGAGUUAAAAAGCUUGUUUUCAGGUAUGUUUAAAUGGGCUAGAAAAAAGUGAAGCUUUCUUUCAAUAGGUACUAUUGCCAUCCUAAUAGUCAAACAUGCACCAUUUCCCUCCUACAUGUGUUACCUAUUAAAUAAAGUGAAAUAUUUCUUGAAAGAAACUUCUUCAGAGUGGGCAAGUAACAUAAACAUGAAUUUAACAAAAAAUAUGUUUAAAGGCACAUUUUUUUAAAAAGUCAUUUAACAGCUGUUUAGAAGAAAUAUCUUUGUAUCUAUUUAAGUACAAACAAGGUUGAAUGGCCUUUGGUCUUUGUUGAUCAUAAUUGUACCCCAGGGGAUCAUUUCUCCCUGGCGGUGUUUACUUUCAAACAUUUUUGACAAACUUUUAACUUUCUUCAGUUGCAAUCAUUGGCAGUAAUUGGCAAAAAUAGUGAGCUUUCUGUUAGAACCAUUUAUGGUAUUUUGAGCUUUCUGUUAGAAUUUCCCAGAUUAUGAACAGUGAAUUUAUAUACAAUCCUGUAAAAAGAAAAAUACAUCUUAGAAUGCCCUGAUGAGUCCAAUUGGCUAUAACAAAACAAAAAAAAGGUAGAAAAUAUGAAUAAAUAUUAUUGAAGUAUUGAUGUUUUGUUUGGGUCAGGUGAUGUGUUUGUGACAGCAGUCAAGUAUGUAAGGCAAACAAGCACCUUGGUUGUGGGAUUCAACUUUGGCUGCUUUCAAAUGUGGAAUAUGGAAACUCUAUCACAUGUGUAAGCUAAGUUGUUCUAUGAUUUUUCUCUAAUUAUGCUACAUACUGUACAUGGUAAGUAUAACUUAAAUACUAGUUCUUAACUGCUCCAACUGACCUCUCAUGACCAAUCUUUCUAUUUUGUCUAUCAGAAAUUGAAUGAAAUUUACUGUUAACAAAUUAACCAUUUGUCAGAUUUUGUGUGACAAUUGUGCAGCAUAGUGCAACUAAUGGUCUGAACUAAGUGUGAAAUAAACCUUUUCAUACAAUUACUCCCCUUUUGUCUUUUUCUUCUAAUUAAUUUUGGUUGUUGCACAAAUAUCCAAAAGCCAUGUGACUGAUCACAGCUGUCAAAUGCAUGUCUUGGGCAAAUGAAUCAAUUUUAGGCAGUUACACUCCAAUGUCCAGCACAAAAUUUCCAAGGAAAAUAUGAUGCAACCCCUGUCAUGCAAAAAAUAUGAAGGUGAGGAGUUCAAUGAAAUCUGCUGAAGGAAGAAAAAGGAGGAGUAAAGAAAUUCAAGGCUUUUAAAAACAAAAUAAAGUAAAACAAAAAAGACAAAGUUUGAUUUAUAAAAAUUUUCCAUUGAUUUAACAUUCUUUCAGAUUGAUUUUUGUUUUUUUUAUGGUAGUUAAAUUUUAAUACUGGUGACAAAGUUAUGGUUUUAGGCAACUUAUUGGCAACUUUGAAAAAUGUUGAGCUUGCAGCCUUACUUCACUGGAAUAGUCAUUGAUUCCAAGUUCUAACUGAUGCCUGUUUUCACUGUGUUUUUAAUGAACUUGAAGUAAGUAAUCUGUUACAUUAUUUAGCUUCUUGCAGUAUUUAGUGGUCUUUGUUGUGAAAUUGUUCGUUUUUGUUUUGGUUCUAGUUACAGUAGCCAGGUUGGGCAGUAUUAUUCAGCUGUCACACACUUCAUGUACCAGGUAGUUGUCUGGCUCUUUUUGUAUCUCUCAAGUGCAUUAUCUAGUGAUGUUAGAUUUUAUUUUAUUUUAUUUUUUAAUUUUUCACAAACAAAAUAACGUCAAUAGGGGAAAGUACAAUUUGUUAUUUGAUUCACUCAUCCCAGAUUGCCUUAAAAUAUGUUUUUUAAACAUGUGAAUUUCCUCAGAUAUAGAAAUACAGGGUGACAUGCUUUUUCUUUUCCUAGAUCUGUUUAUGUUUUUUAUGUUUAUGAAAAGGAUGUCUUGUCACAAUUUGAUGCAAAAGGCCUGUAAUUGAGUUUUCUAUUUGUGUUUGUUUUUUUUUUUUGUUUUUGUUUAUUUUCUUUUUAAUUUGCCACCAAUAGGAGCCAGAAAAUGAUCCACGCUAUUGCUGUUACUUAUGGGUAGCUCGUGGUCCACUUGUAUUAGAAAACUGUCCAGAGACUCCAGCAACACUGACUUUAUAUCAAUUGGUUUUUGCCUCAAGAGAUAUACUGACAGGUUAUGGGGUGAUCUACAAGGUACGUACAGUCCAAGAGUUUCCUUAGAACUUUAGUAAGAUUUGAUGACUGGUGACAAUCAUGAUGGUCACUCUUUAGGUAGGUUUGAUUUGUCACUGAUGAUUGGUGUAUCAGUUGGAGGGUAACAGAGUAUGAUUUUUUUUCACUAGAAUGUGUCUUUACAAGAUAGUGAAUUCUGUGUAACUGUUUCCCAUUAGGAACUUGGUGGUGUUGGUCGGAGAUUUGAACAUCAGCUUACUUCUGAUGUUCAUCAUCUUGCUGAUGCUACAUCGGUGGGAAGUAAAAUUGUGUGCUGUUACACUUUAGGUAGGGAGAGACUUUUAUGAGUGACAUUUUUCAUACCAGUUUGAUUUCUAUUUUCCUGUGUCUUGUAUUCAUGUUCACAGUCUGAAACAAAAGGAAAGACAAGUUAAACUUGUAUGAAACAUUUUGAAUCAAGAAAAAUUUGAGCCACAACAUUUACCAAACCAUGGUAAUAAUCAAUUCCAAGGCAAUAGAACAAACCCUAAGUUAUAACACUUUCCCACUGAUCUAAUGGCACUCUUGCAUUUUAAUUUCACAUUUCUACAUAUACUGGACAUUUAUGAUUGUCACAUGUUUAAUAGUUCUCUUUCUAUUUUAGAAAAAGGUUCCAGUGCUUUGAACAGUCUGAGGGUGGAUGAGAGUGCAGGUGCUGAGAGUAAGAUCUUCCUAGUCUUUUGCUUUCUUGAAAUACUUGUAGAAGUUUUAUUCUCACUGAUGUAUGUACAAAGGUGUUCAAGUAAAACAAGAGUCAAGGAGACAGUUUUAAGAUCAAUUGGGGAAAGGUAGUCAGGCAUAGUUGUAGUGUAACUUUCACAUUGAGGAAACUUCUAGAUUUACCUAACCAUGAAGAUAAUGAUAAACUGUACUUACAUAACCUCUGAUCUUCUACCAAAUUAUUCAGGGAAAUAAAUCACACCUAGAAAAAACUACGUUUAUUUUAUGCAAUCAUUUUGCUUUUACAACAUGUUUGAGUUUCUUUGCGUUCUUGAAAUACAAAAAUUUCACUGAACUGUUUGGAACACACUGAAUAGGGGGCUCGAGUUAGGAUAACAGACUUGAUCAUGUUACCCAGUUGUAUGUUUGUUGCCAAAUGAAGCACCAGCUUUCUCCUUCACCCAGCCCUCCUCCCUCCUUUUCUCUCUUUCCCAAUGUUGUUCCUUUGAAAUCAAGAUACAUGUUAAGAAUGCCAGCAACAUUUUAAUUUUUUGUUACAGCUGUCUUGAAUAUGAUCCUUUUGUAAGUGUUCCAGUGGGUUGUCAAUUAAGUACUGUUGUACUCUUUUUGUGACAGAUAAAGGGCAUUCAGUGUGCUAGGAUACUGGGUUGAUUUAGAGAAUAUGCAUUAGCGAAAGAGAAGAAAACCAGGUUAAAACCUGAACAUUUUAAAUUAAUUUUUUAUUUGCCAUAAAUGUCAAGCUCAAGCUCACAAAUGCCUUAAUUAAAAAUGAAACUUCCAGCUUUUUUUUUAGAGUGAGUUAAGAUGUAAUCCUAGACUAGGUAGAAUGGGUUCAAGAGUAAAACUACUGUGCACUCAAUUAUUAAGUGUUUUUUAGCUUAAUUUGGGGUGGCUGAGUUAGUUGUAUUAUAUCUUUGUUUCAGUGGAACAUUUCAGGGAUCUUACUCUGGCUGUAUGUGUUUGGGAAGCUCCUGCACAGGAUCCACAAUCCAGGCCCACAUGUCAUUUGGGGAUCUUUGAUAUUAAUUGUUGGUACCAUUCACAAAUGCCCCCGUCCAUUAGGUUAGAGUUAUCUGAUAUGGUUACAGCUUAAGAUUAGUAGAACAGCCACCUGGCAUGAGGUGGACAAAUGAAAUAGGAGUACCCCAUGGCUUGUUAUGUACAUUGUAUGUUAUCAACAAGAAGGGGAUUGAAAUCUUUUGAUCUUUUUCUGAAAUUAAGACUUAUAUGGUUACUGCCAUUCAGCAGGAAACAAGCUUAUGCAAACUUUGAAUCCACUUGAUUUUCUUCUUAGAGGCAUUUUUGCAGCUCACAGUACUUCCAGGCCCUUAUUGAACAGUUCAAUUCUUUUUAGGUCUUUAAAAAGUGUCAUCAUGAGUGUGAAAUAUAGUUUGAUUCUAUAAGUGUUACAAAGUUACAGAAGUAUUAUGAAUGUUUAUUUAUUCCAUUGAAAUCAUAAAUGCUUCUUUCUAUUUCAUUUCCUUGUGGUCAGAGAUGCUAUGUUUGGUAGUAAGGAUCCAACAUGUCCAUUUUUUGCUUUCUUUUCGCUGGCUGACAUCUUAGAUGCUGCAUCACCGGAUGGUAUUGUGGUAUGUUACUGAUUCACUACUUGACUUAUCAAAUGAACCAUUCUGAAUCCCAGAGUUGUCUCUAUCAUCUCUUUGCUAUGGCAUUCAUUUUGGAUGAGAUGGAAAGAAGAAGGGGUUAAACAUUUUGUUAUUAAAAAUUUUGAUCUGUCAUGCAGUGUAAUGAAUGAUCCCUCAACUUAAUCCUUUAAUCCUUUAAUCCUUUAAAACAAAAUAAAUGUAUUGUACAACUAUUAUGUGCUCCAUAAAAAGGCUACAGGCUAAUCAUGGUAGAUAUUAAAGUUUCUGCAUCCCUUUAAGGUUACUUCCCACCUUCAGAGGCGGAAAAAAUUGAUAUUUCUUUUAUUUUACUAAUCUGAAUUAUAGCAUUCCACCAAUUCUUUCCAUAAAAAAUUCUGAAAUCUUUCAAAGCACCCUAGUUAGUUAGAAAAAUGUAUUUUCAAAUAAUUUUUCCAUUUUUGUCAUGGGUUUUGCCUUUGCCUUUGCCUUUGCCUUUAGCAACUUUGCUCAUUAUUGUGUCAUCCACCUCAACGCUCUACUGAGUGAUCGAGAUAAAAAGAAAUGUGUCUGCAAUGGGUUACUCUUCCCGAGAAAUCAAGAUCCAUCAUCAUUGACUCAAGGAGGUCCAGUUGUCCCAUUGGUUUGCAGUUUCAGGAGGCGAUAUAGUCUCCUGGAGUGGUGCAAGUUGUUUGCAAACCUUUAUGAGCUAAAGUCUCACAUUUGAUUUUGGGAAGAAUACAAACACUUUGAGAAAAUAUGUAGGGUAUAUAGAUUUGACCAAUUUUCAUCAAGUUUUGCCAAAACAUUCCAGGAAUAAUGAAAAAUGAAAGUGUGUCGGGAAAUUUUGAUUUUUCACAUAUUUGUCCCUUGGUGUCCAUUUACACAACAUGCCUUGCAUGUUUUAAGCUACUCCAACUUUAGAUGCCAAUAUCUCAACAACCAAUCAGAAUAUCAAAAAGCCUGACACUCUUUUGUCAAUUGAUGCCUUUUGAAUAAGAUUGUGCAGCCAUUUUGCUUAUGCUGCAGCAUGCAAUACCCAAUGAAUUUAAUAGAAGAACCUUUGGCCCUUUUAUGCCUUACCGGCUCCUGACACUUCCUUAAAAGGAAAGUCCCUUAUAUUACAUUUUUUUAUCGUAAUCUACACUUAUUAAGCUUUCUUCUGAUAUGUGGUGUGCUAGGUUUUUUAGUGAAACUAGUGCAUGUACAAAUUUUUUCCCGAAGGACAGCUGCGAAGGUGGGAAGUAACUUUGUGAUAGAUCUUUACACUAAGAUUUCUUAAAUAUAGCCAAAUUGCUUUCUUUCUUAUUCUGAAUUGUACUGCAAUGCAAAAACUGGUUAACUUACCAGCAGAUGGCAAGAGAAUUUGUUUAAUAUUCUCAUCUGUACUGGGUAUAAGGCACUUGAUCCCUUUUAGUGCCGGGUUCUUGUGUUUUAUGUGCAGGUAGGAUAAUAAUAGAGGGUAGUGGGUGAGGUUUGCCAGAUUACUACAUUACUUCAGGCUAAUUACCUCUCCCAGUUCAUUUUUUUUGUUUUCUUUUUUUGUGUUUAAGGAUGUGUUUGUAAAUGCUAAGUCCAUGGGCAGCUUUGUAUCAACUGCAGGGUCAACACUUGAGGAGCACAUGUGGCCAGCAUCUCUAAAAUUUGGUUAGGAGUUUCUAUUGUUUGGUUUUCUGGUAUUUUUCAUGCACUAAGACUACUUAGUGACAACCUUGCAGUGAGCUGCAAAUGAGAAUACAUAUGGACCCUGUGAUGACCUUGCUUACCAAAGAGUUUCUGUGGCUCAGUGGUAGAGCAUUGAAGUGCUAAUUUCAAAGGUCUGAGGUCCAACUCCUCAUAGGACUCACAACAAGACGAAAAACUUCUUUUUCAUUUUCCAUACCCUUGUCAAAUUCUUGCAUCUUUCUAUGGUUAAUUCUGUUUACACACAUGAACAAUUGAAAUGAGGAAUUCUUGAACAUGUUGAUGUAGUGAAUUACACACUUAUCAAACAAUAUAGGGUUGGCCUAACCAGGAGUAAUGAUGAUACAUAUCCUAUUUUUUGCUAUGCUUUCUUCCAUUAGCUGAUUUUUCAUGCAAUUUAGUCUACAGUUUGUUUUUGUUUUUCUUUUCAAAACUCUUAUUUGUUUCCUAAUAUCCCAAAACAAUUUUUGAUUUUUGUAUUACUAUUUCAGACACUUGUUGUUUGUUGGAGACAGGACUUGUGCACUCCAAAUUCCUGGGAGUUCAACGUCAGGUGAGAAGAUGUAUUGACUCACUCGAUGCUCAUUUUGCCCAUUGGCAUUACUGGCAUUUGAGGCAGCAACAAUGGUCUUCCACUGCUGUCUGCCACUGGCCAGAUUAUGGGUUUUAUUUCAGCUGCCAAAAAAUGCUAAUUAGUGGUAGUCCUACCAUGCUUGUGCCAACCUUUGGGUUUCAAAUGUAUUGCUGUCUUGGUAAUGGAACCAUUUUCCUUUCUGGUGGCUGGUUAUGUCCUUAUCUUUAUUCCUAGUAAUUUGGUUCUUCCACUGCCACCAUCACCAUUGUAAGCAGGUCUGCAGAAUCUUUUUUGAAAGCUUAGAGUCACCUUUAGAAAUCUCUGCUCUUAAGUUGUUUUGGUGUAGAGCUUUACCUUUCUUUCAUGGCUUUAAUGAUUUCAUAUUUGUUUGGAGUAACUUCCUUUAGGGCAGACUCUGUAACUGAUGGUUGGGAGAUUGUUGAGGGCGUGUUUGAAGUAGUCUUCCAACAGGUGUCCUUUUUUUUAAAAUUCCUUUUACUUUUGGUGUGCACUCUAUCCUGUGCAACCUUCAUGGAGGUUUUGUUUUUGCUAUUGUAUUAGCUACAAAUUGUCCUAGUGUUUCUCUGCAGUUGUAUGGAAGGUUAUUAGCUCUUAUUAUUUUUAUUGAAAAAAAAAGGUACUGUAGUGUGUAUUAUAUAGGUACUAUAGAUUCAGCACAUAAAGGAGAAAGUGCUUUUAUAUGAAAGAGUGUAUAUUGAUUUCCUCUUUCUAAGAUUUCAAAUUCUGAACAAUCAUGGAAGCAAGUUGGGAGUACUGUAGUUGGUGUUUGUGGGUUGUGGGUAUCAGGUUGUUGGCUGUGGUUUGUGGUUACUAGGUCUUGUGUUGUCAUUGGUUCAAAAUGUAGAUUGCUCAUCAGAAUUGCAGUCAAGUCACCGAUGGUUCAACUAGUCAAUACCAACUUGCUGACGUAUAAAAUCGAGUAGAGGCAUAGGUGGGUUGGUCUUCAAUCCAGUACAACUUAUUAGAAGUUAAACAUAUAGAAAAGUAAAAGAUCUUUAGUAAAAAAACAAUUUUUUUCUUCCAACAAAGUUUAUAAGGAUCUCAAGGGGAAUAGAGCAAAGUAAACAUCACCAAUGACCAAAAAAGCUUUAGACACGAACGAGUUAUUGUGUGACAACAACACUGUAAAGAAUUAUCAUGUCAAUUGGUCAGAUUUCUUGGAAAAAACUUGGCUUUCUAGACAAGAUCUUUGGUAGAAAAAAUUUUUUUUAUAUCCAACAAAGUUUAUAAGGAUCUCAAGGCAAAUAAAUCAAGGUGAACAUCGCUAAUGACCAAAUAAGCUUUAGAUGCAAAUGCCCUAUUGUGUGAGAACAACACUGUAAAGAAUCAUCAUGUCAAUCGGUCGGAUUUCUUAAAAAAACUUGGCUUUCUUGACAAGAGCUUUGAUAAAAAACAAUACUAAAGAUCUUGUCAAGAAAGCCAAGUUUUUUUUAAAAACUCUGACUGAUUGACAUGAUGAAUCUUUACAGUGUUGUUGUCACACAAUAACACAUUUGCAUUUAAAGCUUUUUUGGUCAUUAGUGAUGUUCACCUUGCUUUAAUCACCUUGAGAUCCUUAUAAACUUUGUUGGAAAUAAAGAUAAUUUUUUUACUGAAGAUUUUGUCUAGAAAGCCAAGUUUUUUUUCAAAAAUGUGACCAAUUGACAUGAUGAUUCUUUACAGUGUUGUUGUCACACAAUAACUUGUUCACGUCUGAAGCUUUCACAGUCAUUGGCGAUUUUCACCUUGCUUUAUUUGCCAUAAGAUCCUUAUAAACUUUUUUGGAAGAAAAGAAAUUGUUUUUCACUAAAGAUCUUUUACUUUUCUAUAUGUUUAACUUCUAAUUAGUUGUACUGGAUUGAAGACCAACUCACAGACGUCUCUACUCCAUUUCAUAUGUCAGCAAGUUGGUGUUGGCGGGUCAAACUGUUGGCGACUUGACUGGAUACCGCUCAUUGAGGUUAUUAAAGAAAAACUGAUCACAAUCUCAAGCACAGAAUUAAAUGUCAAUUCACGUUUGACAAUUUUUCUAUUACGCUGAAAGGCAACUACCCUGUAAGCCUCUUGGUCAAGUUCUCCUACACCAGGUCCCUCUUGUUUAGCAUAGGAGAAACCAAUUGAUCUCUCAGGGUAAAACAGAUGCAGCUAGCAAUUGCUGAGGAACAAAGUUUCAACUGUUGUAAAUGGUAUAAAAUAGUUUAACUCAGAUCAGAGCUCAUUGUUGCCUCACUAAGAACGCAUUACCAAUCUAGUGCUACCCACAACCUGGUGCCCACAACUCACAAUGCAUAAACAGUGGCUACUCCCACAGAUAUUUCACCACAUGUAUAAGUGUGAAGAAAAGAAAAAAAAAACAGAAAAAAUGAAAAUCAUGGUGUUUGUAACAUCCUCUUUGGCAAAUCCUAUUUUUGCUGAAAUUCCAAUCUAAAGUUCUCAUGCAUUCUAUAUAUUUUUGUUUAGAUUCUUGCUAACAUAAGCAAGCAGGGAUUCAGUUGCCUCUCUGAUGCUCAUGAGUACUUCAAUACAUGCUAUGUUGCUGGUCUUCUCCCAAGAAAUUUUGACCUUUCCAAGCCACAGGACAGGACUGUAAGCAUUAUUUAGUUAGAUAAUUAUGAUGGUUUUUGUACUUUAUGGGCUUUCUGGCUGUUAUCUACUGUCACUCUGGUUUUACAUGGGAAAUACAGUAGCACCCUGCUAACUUGAACUCAGUGAACUUAACACCCCUCCCCCCCCUUAGUAACUCAAGCAAGAUCUGAUUUCCCUUGAACCCAUUUCUCAGUCAUUUACCAUCAGCUAACUCUAACUAUUUUUUUUGUUUCCCUUUGGGAGUUCAAGUUUGUGGGGUUUCCACUGAAAUCAUAAAAUGAAGACAUGCAAAAAAAAGUCAACAAUAUGAAAUAUUAUUUGUGAUUACCUAUCCAAGUUCUAACACCAGUAGACAGGGCUCAAAUUUAUUGGGCAGCACAAGUAUGUGGCUAAUUUCCAUGAUUUCAAGCAAACGUUUUAACAUGGUCUGCCACAGGCAUCCCACAUAAAACCAGAUCACUUGAUGUGCAAACAUUAGUUAGGUCAUCAUCAGUUACUUGACUCUGAUGAUGGUGACUGUUGAUCUCAGUCAUUGUACUUCUCAACAUUCUCUAACUAUAUUUCCUGUAAUUCAGUUCCUAAGUUUCAGGGGGUAGGGGGUAUCAAUUUGAGCCUGAAAUUAAAAGAAGCCAUUUUCCAAGGUUAAGAGUGGCAUAGCAUUAAAACAAUCAAAUAAGCCUAUGGACUAAUUUUUUGGCAUGAUGGGUUUCUUUCCCAAAGAUUCUGUGGAGUCAUAUUUGAAGGUUUGGUAGAGAAGCUCAAGGGUGUGUAGAGCCUGGCACAUUUACAUAUGUUGGUUGAUUUUUUUCAGUUUCACUACGAGGCUCUUCUUUCAGUUGCCUUAGAGCAUGGCUUGGUGACUUUCAUCACAUUAUGCAUUCAGAAACUGGGGACAGGAAGUAAGUUGAAUAACUGAUUUAAGUUCAUUUCUUGGCAUGAAGAAAUUAGGGCUAUGAAAUACUCCAAACCUGUGGUUGUUAUAAUAAUUUGUCUCGCAGUUUCAGUGAUUCCUAGUAAUGAAAAUCUAACACUGUCACUAUCAUCCUCUUGGGUGACAUCAAGCUGUAAUCAGUCAUUUACUUCAAUAAUAUUGCAUAAUAUUGGAUUCUCAAUGUAUGCCUUACUACCAUAAUUUCCAGUCAUUUACCCGCAGGUAAUCUGUUGAUUUUGCAUUAAACGUGCACCACUGCGGGUAAUAGGGAGGUGCAGGUUACAUGACAAUUUUAAAUUCUUCUGGAAGUUGAAUUGAAAAAAUUUCUCACCUACCUGUGUUUCCACCUCUCAAAUGAAUUUUAUUGUAGUAAAAGUGCCACAAAGCGGCACGAAAACCUGAUGCCAACUUGAGUUUAUUUCACGCAUAAUGAGUUGCAUGACAAACAAAUUUUUAUUGGCACAUGGCAAGUGGAUGUCAGAGGGAAUCCAUACCUUUACUGAAACAAGAAAAACGAGGAGGGCCACCCAUGCCAAAGUCUGCGACUGGGUUGUGCGAGCUUGGGAAGCAGUAAAAUUUUUGUCCAUCAAGAAUGGUUUUAGAAAAGCAGGAAUAACAAGUGGCACUGACAAUGAUGCAUCUCAGACAUCCAACAUCAGUGACGACAAACAAAUAACAUCUACUCCAAUUCUGGAUCCUGUACUCGAUGCGCAGUUAAUGGACUUAUUUAAUAGUGACACAGAGGAUGAAGAUUUUAAUGGAUUUUGAACAGAACUUACUUAUCAUUCAAGUUUUAACACUUGCCCCAGCUUUCUUUCGACAAAUCAACAUGGUGCUGAACAAUCGCUUGCACAAAAUGUGGCCACGAACUCACAUUCUGUCAAGUCUGAAAUGUUAAGAUUUGGGUAUGGGCCGCCAGUGUUUUUACUGUAUAAUUUUAUCAAUAAAGUAUAAGCUAAUAUUGACAAAGAAUUGUGCUUGUGUCUGAAUUGAAAGACUGAAAUGUAUCGCCUUAAUGUCACGUUUUCGCCACCAAAAAAGUUGAAUAACAUAACAUGCGGGUUAUCCAUCAGUGCUAGUAAUCUGUUAUCUCUUUUUUUCACUGUAUGCAAUAAUUGGCCAUGCAGGUAAAGGACUGGAAAUUAUGGUACAUAUAAAUAUUGGUCAUCUCAUUCACAUUCAUUCACAUUUAUUCACAUUUAUUCACAUUUUGCCUUCUAAUGGUGUUUAGGAUUUCAAAAGUGACCAGGGAAAUGUUCAGAAGAGAGCUCCACACUUUUCAGUAUUCUUUCUUGUUUUCUAGCAGGAUUUGUAGAGUUCAUAGUCAUCAGGAAUCCACAUAAUAUAUAUAUAUAUAUAUAUAUAUAUAUAUAUAUAUAUAUAUAUAUAUUCUUUAAUGCUUUUAAACAUCUUUAGAUAGUAGAUGUCAAUCAGAGUUUUUAUUAUUUGGUCUGAACUUGAGAAACAUCACCAAAGAAAGAAAGAGUACUUUGACCAAUGGCGAACCUCUGAAUGAACACAUAUCAAAUUUAAAAUGCUUUUCAAACCCCUUAAAUAUCUCACAGUUUUGGAGUACAAAAGUUUUUGUAGCAUACAGUACAUUACAAGGGGCAAGGCUGUCAAUUUUUAGUCAAAUUUUUGUUGUUGCAAGAGGUCAAAAAAAGGGCUUUUUUCAGCUUUGAUUAUUGAGAGCUCUAAUAGUUUUAUUUUGACAUAUUUUCAGAAACCACUGUGGUUUUAUUUACUGACUACCAAAGAUAAUUUAAUGCACAAAGUUCAGAGAUUGCCAUUUUAGAGUGCAGGGCAUGUGUCAAUGUACUUGGCAAACUGAUAUUGAGUGGUAAUGUCUAAAAAUUUUCAGCCAAAAACAGCAACAGAAGAAAAACUCCCUCUCUUAUUUUCUUUACAUAUAAAUUGGGAAUUCAGUGGUAAAAUUGCCAGUGUAGUUUGUCUGGACUAGAGAUCCAAUUCUAGUGACAAAUUGAGACAAUUCGGUGUACUCCAUUUUUUUACUUUUUAUUUCCUCUUUUUUUUCCAAUUUUUCUUUUUCCAUGUUGAUGUUACUACUUUUAUGGUAAAUUUAAGUCAUCAGGAGGCAAACAUGAGGGAGAUAAAUGAAAUCUGAAAUAGCAAGAUUGAGUAGUUGAGAAUUUUCACCAGUGACAUCAAUUUUCCUCCUAAAGUUCUCAGUUGUUUUAUCUUGAUUUGGAGCUGAAUUGACUCCCUUAGCCUAAGUCAAAAGGUUUUUCCCUUCCAUAACUUGAUCAAGUGUACACUUGAACAGAGCUGUUUUUAAGUGGUAACCAAAUCCAAAGUAUAGUGCUCAUGAAAAUGUGUACUUUCUGUCCUCUGACAUGCAUCUAAAUUGUAAACUUAGAUUGAAGAAAAGUCAAAAGUGAGUGUCCAUCCAACUCACAGAAGGAUGAAAUUAGCAGAUAUAUGUAUCAGGCACUUAUUAAUUUCCUUUGCUGUAGUGAAUUCAAACUGUUGCUUAUUUUGCUAGCAUGACAGCCAAAUUAUUCAAAUUAGUAUGUUGAGCAAGCUCCAUUUAUGUUAUGAUAUAAAAUGAUCAGAGUUUGUGCAUCAAACUUACAGUAUUUGCUAGUAGCUUAAUAAGUCUUAGAUUUUGACCACUUUGAAAUGAAAAUGUAAUGGGACAGAACUUCUAGAACACACCAAUUGACACUCUAAUCAUUUUAAACAGUUUAAAUUUGGCAAAUUAUUGUCCUGCGAUGAAAGAGGUGAACUACAAUGUAUUGAAUAUCAUAUUGAUUAGCAUUCUGUUGAUGUUUUAUUGAGAAACUCUUUUAAAAAAAUGUUUUAAGUUAUCUUAUAUCCUGAGUUUAAAGAGCCUAAGUUAUCCAAACCUGUAUGCACAUUUCAGAACCAAACAACAACAUGACCUUCAGUGCAGUAUCUUCUGUUUGACAUUUUUAAACAACACAGAAAUCUCUCAUGCAUAUCUUCUCCAGCCUGGGACUCAGAGUAAUCAUACCUCAUGAGUUCAGUUCCCUUUCAAUGUCUGAGCCCUUGCAGGGUGGGCACUAUCUUACUAUUGUGGUGGCAAGCUGCUUUAUCUGAUCUUAGAAAGGCCUUUUUUAUCCCCAGAUUUUUCAACUUUAUGGCAACAGAAAGAUUUUCAAGGAAUGCAGCACUAAGAACCAGUCUUUUUUAACAAGUCUUUUUUACUUCUGUUAAGAUGGUGAAUGUAGUUGGAUACUUCUAGGCUUUCCUCCCAUCUUACAACAUUGCACUCACAUGUCAAUUCGUUCCUCUCUCAGCUAACCAUUCUGCUUGCUUAUCCUGCAACUUCAUAGCCAUGAACUUCAUUGCCUUGAUCUCUUCAUUUAUUUACUUUGUAGCUCUUUAUUCCACUUAUGAAUAACCAAAAUUUGAGACACUUGCUUGCCAUUAUUACACUCAAUGCUGUGCCAUUUCGUUCAGUAGCCAACAUGAUAUUUCACUCACCAAGUAGCCAUUUUAUUCAGUUUAAAGCCUGACACACUGUUUGUAUUAAAAAUUUUUUUUUCUUAAAAAAACUAGGUGCCUUAUUUGAAUUGAUUUCAGAUGUGACUCAUGCAGGCUGCAGUUUGAAGUUGAUACUGGAUUGGGCAUGGGACCGUGUUGUGGACAUAAAAGACCAGUUAGAUCAGCUUUGUAAGAAUAGUGAAUUUCCCUUUUUAUUAGGAACAAUUGGGAAGGUUGUCCAGAUUUUUUGUAGUUUACCCUUAUGCUAUAUGUUUGAAAAAAAAAAUUCAUCUUGUCUUGUUUGAACCAAGUAAUACAUGUAGGUAAUUUUUAAUUAGUGGUCAGAAGUCAGGCUUGAUCUUUUGCUAACUAAAGGAAUCUGCUUAAUGAAAAUUUUGAGUGGAUUACUAAAGCGUGUAAAAGGGUGCAAGCAAAUGGAAGCUGAAUGGUCAAAUACUCCUACUGACAAUAGCCCUUGACAACUGAUCAACUAAUAACACCAAGUUAGUUAAUGUAAUAACUAACAGUGAAGUUACUUUGUUGAAGGUGUUCCACUGUUUGAUGGAGGAGGUGGCACACCUGAUGAGCAGAUGCUUUUAAUGUUAGACAAUCAGAAGGUGCAGCUGGCCCAUUUAACAACUGUAUUCCAGGCUCUGAUAACCAAGUCAGCUCCAACUACCUAUCAGGGUAAGGAUUCUUAACUUCUAUAAGAACAUGUUGCCGAGUGACAGUAUACUGUAGAUUCCUUUCUGAGUGGUGAAGUGGAAGUUGUUUGAUAGAGGAGUUCAGGAACCACUAGUGAAAAGAAGUGUCUUUCUUUAUCGAUUGGACAAUAAAUUGGCUCUAAUUUUAAUCUUUUAAUUACACUUGGAACUCCAUACUUUGUUAUUGAAGGUUUGAAGGACUUGGAAGCAAGAUACAGUGUUGUUGGAACUCUUGCACUGGUAAGUAUUCCAUACUACACCCACAGUUGUGCAUUUACAAUGGUACAUUAGAUAGGGAAAAAGUGCCCUUGAAGUCCAAUUUUACCAUCUGGAAGUUUUCAUGACUGUAUGGUCUUCACCCAUAUACUACAAACUAAUUGUGAUUUUCAGAUACCAACACAGCACUGUGAUUGUAUUGAAGAGCUUUUCUCCAAUUUUCUACUGUCUGAUAUUUCACAAAUAAAUUCUGAAGUUGAGUUUUCAAUUGCCUAUUGGUUGACAAGGGAGAAGUCCAAAUCAACUAUCACACAAUUCAAUUCAGGUGAUUUAUCUAAUUGUCUGAGAAAAAAUGUCUAUUAGAUAAUCAAAACUUAACAACAAGUCAGGCUUAUGUUUUCAUUUUAUUUUGUUCACAACCACACAAUACUUAGCCACUCACUAUCUAUUACUGAAAAGAUAGCCAGUAGGGCAGCCAAUCAGAGUGCAACAUAGGUAAUAGAAUGUAAUCACAAAUAGGCUUCAAACUGUUCUUAAUCUUGGUGGUGGAAGCACCAAACCUGACUCCAUGGGUUUGCUUCAAUAAAGUGAAUUUGCAGGAAUGCUGGAGUAUUUUGAAGCCUACUGAUCAAACCCAUGCCACCUGCACAAUGUCAGUUCCUAAUUUUUUGCCAAUCAGAAGCAGGCUGCAAAAGUGAGACAACAUUACAGUGGCCACUGUUCUUUUCUUACUAAUGUGACUGCUUGUUGAUCACUUCCUGGCAGACUCUGAUACCACUUCCCUGGCAGACUCUGGUAGGCUGCAAAUUGAGUUGACUGUCAAAAUUUUUUUCAUUGAUAACAUAUUGUUUGAAAUGAAAAUAGUUUGUGCAAUAAUCAGUUUGCUGAAAUAUGGUGUAUCCAGGAAUUGCUGAUGUGAGUCAUGACAUGAGGCAGGGGGACUCUGUGCUCUUUGUUCUUGGUCAUUUUUGUCUGCUUUGAUUGUCACUUAACCAUGAAGAACAGCAAGCACACAUGCAUAAGAGGUCAGACUAACACAAGAAGCAAUCUCUAGAUUUCGACAAUGCUGGACUUUAUCAGGCUGAAAAUAGGCUUGGAUUUGCUUUUGAAAAUCAAGUUCAUUUGGGCAAUUGCAUAGGAAUGCUGCUUGAUCAACACAUCCCUGGAGAGUUAACAAGUAUCUUUUCAACCUUAACACCUUGUAAGAAUGUGUUGGAUGCUGCUUUGGAAUAAUGGUCAAUCUAAUCAUACCCAGGGUCUUGACAAAAGCUACAAGUACUACACCUUUUUAUAAUGAAUUGCUCCUUUCUGUCAGAAGCAGUAACUAUUCCACAUUGUUUUUGCAUAUACAUGUUAUCUGCUCUAAUGGAACGUCGCCCCUCAGAAGAACUGAACUUUGAAAUCACAGCAGUUGAUGUCAACACUGACAAUUGAGUGACUUUAUUACUAUCAUCUGCAUAACCAAACUGAAGUUGAAGUGUCUGAAAAAUACAUGUAAACACCACAGAACCAAGUCACAAAUCCCAUAUCAUUCAAACAGCAUUGCCACUUUUCAACUUUGAUUGGGAGCUGGAGAUAUAUCUGAGAAUCCUGGGCCAACAGUCAAGAGUGAAUGGACACAUCCUUGUACUAAAGCACUUGUCUGUCUACAGUGUAAUAAGUGCGUUCAAAGAAAUCAAAAACAUUUAUUUUGCAUCAAAUGGAUGGAUCUCACUCACACCCACUGUGCUGGAGUGGGUAACACUAAACACCUCAUUUCAUCUCUGCUAAAUGAAUGGAUACGUUCCAAGUACCUUAUUUCAGUAUCACCCUACUACAGCCAAAAUAAUUAGACAUAUCAGAGACAUUUAGUGAUGACACUGAGGCUACAGAAAACCUGCACCUCAACACUUUAAAGAACAACAGUAAGAAUUCGCGAGUCAUGCACAUCAGUACUCAGUGAAGGGACUACAUUCAACAACCUGCUGUUAGCUGUUAACUGUCAACCAUUACCCCCUUAAUGUUAUCACAAUGAGUGAGACUUGGCUUAAAAACAGCAAGUUGUUGUUCCAACACAUUACCAUCCUCAGCUUCAUUCAUGCCUUUAAGAGCAGGGACAACACCAGGAGAGGGGGCAUCGGCAUAUAUAUCAAGGGAUCAACAAGUUCAACAGACAUACUGAUCUGGAAAAGUGAUACCCUAAUCUGGAAUACUUGUGGAUGGAGAUCCUGGGGAGCAACAGACACAGCAGAGUUUUUCUUGGAGCCAUUUAUUGUUCUGACCUCAUAUUGCCAUACAACGACAGAUUUGAACAAAUAAUAAUAAUAAUAAUAAUAAUAAUAAUGAUAAUUUAUUGACUUCUAAGGUGCAAAUUCUAUGUAUAUAUAUAUUCAAAUGCACCGUAACAUAAUAAUUACAAUAAACUAAUGAUGAAAUAAAAAUAAUAAUAAUGAUGAUAAUUGGAGUACAAAAUAACAAUUAAAUGUGAUUCAUAAUAAAUAAGAUAUAUAACAUAUAACUAAUUAUUACUUAAAAUGUUCUAUUUAAAACUUUAUCAAUGAAUAAAUAACUAUAAAAACUUUAUCAAUUAUAAAAUGCUUUCUUGAAAAGAAAUGUCUUUAGCUUCAAUUUAAAACUAUUAAUAGAACUAGAUUCUCUUAUAUCCCUUGGUAAAUUAUUCCAUAGCUUAGGUGCUGCAAACAUAAAUGCCUGGUCACCAAGUGUUGCCUUAGACUUAAAACUAGGAUAACUGACUACGGUCUUAUCACUGGAAUUCCUUAAAUUAUAUCUUGACUUGGGCUUGCGUGUAAUUAAAUAACUUAGAUAAGACUGUGCUAAACCCUUAAAAAUCUUAAAAACAAUUAAUAUGAUGUUAAAUUCAAUUUUUAACUUAAUAGGUAACCAGUGCAACUCCAUCAACAAAGGAAUAAUGUGACAAUAUUUACUUUCAUUGCAUAUUAAUCUAGCACACAUGUGUUGAACACGUUGCAAUUUGUUAAUUUGAUAUUCUGAAGUACCAUACAAUAAGCUACUGCAAUAGAAGUUCACUGCCAUUCCAAAGACAAAGGAGUGGAAAUCAAACAACUACCUCAGGCCUAUCUUACUGUUGUUAUCAAAGGUCUACGAAUGUCUUGUCUUACAUCAGAUGACAAAUUUUCUGUCGCAACAUGGCAGUCCUUAAAGACACUCUGAGUGGGUACAAAAAGGGACACAAUACCACCACUGUGCUUCUGGCUAUGAGGGAUGACAUUGUGAAAGCUUUGAAGUGGGGCAAGGUUACUAUGGCCGUCCUAGCCAACUUCAAAGGCAUUUGACACAGUCUGGUAUGAGACAGUUCUUAUGAAGCACCAUAAUCUUGGAUUCUCCAAGUCCUAUUUAAGAGGAUAACCAGCUACUUGACCAAUAGGAAACAGUUUGUUUUAUUGAUGAGAAAGCCUCUGAAACCAUUGAAGUAGCAUGCUACAUCCCACAAGGUUCCAUUUUGGGGCUGGUGCUAUUCAAUCUGUACAUUAAUGAUAUAUCUGACUGCCUUAGACCUGUGAAAUCAUACCAGUACGCAGAUGACACUACCAUAUACAAUCAUGCAAGACCCUCUCACUUGAUGUCCUGUGAAAAGCAACUCCCAUGUGCCCUUGACAUGCUUUCUACCUGGUCAGCAGAAUCCAACCUGAGCCUAAACCUCAACAAAAAUGAAAGUAAUAAUGUUCUCAACUGAAAAGCUUGCCAGUGUUCACAGUCUCCAGGAUUAUCAGUUGCAUCUCAAUGCAAAUGGAAUUAAUCUCGAGAGGGUAAAGCCAGCCAAACUCCUUGGAUCAGAGCUACAUGAGCACUUAAAAUGGAACCGCAACAUUCUGUCUAAAACAUUCACAUGUUAUGGUAUGCUUGCUGUACUCAGAAAAAUGAAGCAUCUUGCACCCUUCCAUGCAAGAAAACAAUUGGCUGAAUGUCUUGUUCUGUCAAGAAUUAGUUAUAAUGAUGUUUUAUUUCAUCAAGUGCCAAAUUAUUUGAUUGAUCAACUGCAGCAUGUCCAGUUAGCAGCUGCCAGUUUGGUCACGUGUGAGUAUGCAGACUUGUCAGAUAUCUUGAAAUUGGGCUGGCUGCUUGUCAAACAAAACAUGAACUGAAACUUGUGCAAACUUACAUACAAGGCACUGAAUCGUGAAAAAUAGCCUCUAUAUCUCCCCUUGGAGGUGUGUGUUCACCAGCACACUUUGUGAUCCUCAUCAGUACUCAAUUUAGUUAUACCAUGGUACACCACAACUUUCACAAGUGAACACCACACCACACCACAACACAACUUUCACACCACAACUUUCACAAGCAAAAGUGGCAAUACACCUGCAAGAAUAAUCAGCCAUAUUAAGUACAAAAGCUGAUGGUCACUGUUAAAUGCCUUAGCUAGUAUUUGUAUAUAAUUAUAUUAGUUAGUCAUAGUAACUUUGUAAAUAUGUAAGUUAAUCCUUAAAUAGAAGCCUUAGAUAAUUCUUAUAUAUAAAAUUAAUUAUGCAGUAUGCACAAUUUUGUAAUAGUGAUAGAUUUUUAACUAGUUGGUAGUUAGUUUGUAGCAUAGAAGAGCCACCCCUCUGAUGGAUAUGCUAAUGAACCAUUGUCAUUAUCAUUAUCGUUAUCAUUAUCAUCAUCAUCCCAUCAUCAAACUUUUAAGAAGAUUUUAAAAGAUAAAGUUAUCUAGCACCUGUUCUAACCUGAAGAUACAGGGUUUAAUAAUUAUGAAUCAAAGUGAUUAUUGUCUUUUAAAGGUAAUUAUGGUAAGUCACCUUUUACAAAUCUUGAAAAACUCCCUUAUAUUUCACAAGGCUGUUAUUUAUAUGUUGGCUUAAAUUUUUUAUAUUUAUUUCAGUAUCUUAAAGUUGUCCUUUGGCUCAUUGGACAAGGCUUAUUACCUGAACAAUCAGGUCAGAAUAUUUAGACUAGGGUGGUGGCUAAAGAAGAAAACCAUUGAUUAAUUGACUACAGCACAGAUAUUUGUCUGGUGACUGGCUGUUUUGAUAAGCUUUCAAUCAUUGUUAAGAUUUUGUCACCAGCUAAUGUUUUUGAUACAGUCUUUCUACUGGAAGAUGAAGUUAGAGAACAAUUGCGAUUAAAUGAUUGCCUACUACAUGUGGGCCACAUGCUUUGAUUGCUAUUUCAGAGUUAAAGACCUAAAGUUUGAACUAACUAGACUUUAUUUUAUCUUCCUCUUUUCUUUUGUUUAUGUUGUUUUUUUUCUUCCUUACUUUUUAGAGGGUUCAAUUACAGGAAGUAAAAGGUGCAGAAAAUAGACAAUUUCCCUUAAUUAGUUGUUGGUUACAUAAUAGGCUGUGAUGUUGUAUAUUUGUUAGAAGGUUGUGACUUCAGUGCAUUUUCACUGUGAGAUCUAUCUCUACAAGAAAGUGAUUUUAAGUUUUUUAACGGAAAAAUGCAUGCAGGUUAAAGAACCUUCUGAACUAGAAUAAGGAUAGCCUUUUUUUUUGAAGAUAGAUGAUCUCAUGUAAUGUAGGAAAGCCAAUUUGUGGAGUGGUAGAAUAGACUGGAAAGGUUUGAUGGCUCACAUACUUGGUUUGGAGCUUUACAGAUAGUAAAAGAUUAUUAUCACUUUUAUACAGAGGACACUGUUACCCUGCUGUGCCUCUUUCUAGAGCAUGUGAAAGCAGACGUAAAGACUUGGAAAACCUUUGUAGUAGGUACGUACAUCUUUCAUCACUUGGUUAAACAGUAACUACACUUUUUUUACACAGUAGUCUCUGAGAAUGUUUGAAUUUAUAUUCAACUCAGGAACUAGUUUGCAGCAAUUUCUGAGAUACCUUUGUGGAUUCAAUGUUAAGUCUCUGUAGUCUUUCUAGAAAACAUUAUCUUAUUUCUUAAUACUGGAAUUUCAAGUUAGUAAAAGUAGCCUUUUUGUGAACGGUUACAAGAAUGCCAAAAAUUUGAACAGACAUGAACUAUUUUCAUUACCAAAUACUUUUAGACAAGUAUUUACACAACGACAACCAUGUUUGUUUGCCUACACUGUACAGGCUGAGCUGUUUUUUAACUCUUUUUUUCCUACAAGGAAUGAGCUGAAAGGUUUUGAUAGUUUUUAUCAAAAUAAUCUCUAGGAAAUUAAAAAUCCUCACAGACAUCUCUUACUUAUGACCAGAUCAGUUUUAGAAAAGCAUACAUCCUCCAAUUCCUGUGACUCUAAAAUGCUUUGGCUUGCACAGAUGAACAAAGAAACUCUGGUGAAGAUAUCAAGCUAGGACUUUAUGUCAAUUUCAAUGAUUAAAGAAUUGAAACUGAAUCUCUGCUGAAUUUUCAUUGGAAUUGACAUGAGACAAGAAAGUUGGGUCUUGACUUAUAUUUGAGAGUUUUCAGGAUUUUAGUCAAUGAGCUUAGUCCAUCACUAAGUCUUGCAAGUUUGAGGGUCUCACCUCAUAGCCAAGCUUAGCUUAUAAGAGGAUAAUCACAGUAUAUCCUUUAUGUGUGAUUGAAAUGGACUGAAACAAAGACCUCCAUGUGGAGUUAUGUACAGAACACUUAAAAGGUGACAUGUGCCAGCACUCAUAGAGCAGUGAUGUGACAGUCAAUAUACAGACAUUUACUUCUAAGCACAUAGUAAGUGUAGGAUUUUGGAAACAGCUUCUGCUUGAUAGCACAGUUUAGGGUUCUGCUUGUGUUUUCCACCAAAAGAUUUUGCAUAAAUGUAAAUAACUACAAAUGUCAGCUUGAUAAUUCCUGCUACCAUGUUGAACUCUAUACAAUUAUUGUGAGCUAAUGGUUAGUUAUUAACCCUUUAACUCCCAGUUCAAAUUUGUAAUUCUCCUUACUAUCAACUAUAAAAUUCUUAGAAUGUUAGUUCUAAGAAUUUAGUAUUGGAUCAACUAAUUAUUCUCAAGUUUAUAUAUUUUUUUAUUCUUUUCACUUAUCUGAUUGAUAUUGUAUUGAUAUUAUUAGGAGAAAUUCUGCCUUGGUCACUCAUGGGAGUUGAAGGGUUAAACAAUUAUUCCGCAAGCCAGCAUUGCAUGUGAGAUGAUAAUCAUCUCAUAUCCGACAAGAAAAAAUUGAAUUAUUCUUUUAUUACAAACACCCCAAAAUAAUAAAACCGUUACCAUGAUUGGUAUAAUAGCUCAUAACCUAUGAUGGCUAAGUCAAUGAAAUCUCUUGAUUUGCAUUAUCCAAUGAUCCAGUUUUUAAAAAUUGCAGCUUUACACAAGAAAACAAUUAAAAAAAUAAAACAACAACAUACUGGAGUAUAAGUAUUUGUAAAUAUAAUUGUUUUUGUUAAUAGAAAUAUUCCCUCAGGCAAUAGCAAGGAGAAAUUUUUUUCUCUGUGCUGUAUUUUGACAAAGUGCUGACUACUGGCACUGGUGUUAUGUGAAAAAAUAUUUUUCUCGAUUUGCAAAAAUUUUCUGGAAUUUUGAAAGAUUUUUGGCAUGGUAAACCAUUUUUGAUUUUCAUGAAAGUUAUUUGUGGAUCUAUGAAUUAAACCAGGCUUUGAAAUUUAUUUCUUGAUUUGACAAACUUUUUAAAAGCAAUUUGUCUAAAAGAUGUUGAUUCUAAAUAUGUUUUCAGAUUUGCAAAAUAUUUUUUAAUUGUUCCUUUUCAGCUUCUAUACCUCAUUCUUGUUAUUCUGUCAGAAUAAUUUUGCUAUUAUGUCAUAGUCACCCUGGCUCAGUCGGCUUGAUGGUAGACAAAGUCAUUAACCAACUUGGCUUUCAAGGAGUGAGCCAGUGGAUAUCUAAGGGAGGUAGCCAGCAGUACCCACCUAGCAGUUUACAUGUAUGUUCCUAUCAUAGAAAGUGUACAUAUCUUUGUCUGAAUUUGGGGCAAAAUUUCUGUUUGCCGAGUGGCCUUGACAGAAGGCAUUAUUUUCUUUAUCAUGGGCACUUUUGGUAAUCAAUAGAGCAUGAUUGGUCAUUAAAAGAGAAGUAUGCUCCAGAAAUUCUACUGAGUAAGAAAGAGAUCUUGGCAGUAACGAACACUAAUCAAGCAGUACUGAAAACAAGGCCUGAAAAAAAUUCAGGCCUGUAUGAGAUUUGAACCCAUGACCUCUGCUGAGCUAACAAGCCAAGUGGGAGCUGGUCAUUAUGUUGGUUCAUAAUGACAAAUUGCAAACCAACAUAACGACCAGCUCCUAGGUGGCAGAGCACCCCACCAGUAUUGCAGAAGUCAUAAGUUCAAAUCAUGUACAGGCCUUGAUUUUUUUCAGGCCUUAUUUUCGUUGCUGCUUAAGUAGUGUUCAUUACUUUGAAUAUUGCUUUCAUAUUCAUUUCUUAAUCUGUGUACAAGUGAUAUAUAUAUGUUUAAGUAUAAACACUAUUUAUAAAUUUGGGAAGAGGCACAUACCUUUAACUCUAAAUGUUCACCUUUCUGUGGCUGAAAUCUUUUCUAAGCUUGAUGUGAUUUGGUGUCAAGAAUUCUCCCAUUCAAGAUUUAAUGAUGUGUUUGCAGAUGUCAGUUUUUUAGUUUGUAGGAACAAUUGCCUUGAAACUUGAAACUUAAAAUAAGUAAACAUCUAUUAUGAGCCCUUAUCAUGGUGUUAAGCAACGAAAUCUGUUUUAAACUUGUUAUUCAUUUGGGAAAACUACAGGGUACAAAGUUACACAUACACCUGUUGCCUAAUACUGUAUUAGGCAGAGCAGCCAAAAAGUCACCAAAAGAUGGCUGAAAAUUUCUGUGCAACAAUGAUAAGCCUACUUUUACUGUUAAAUGGGUCUUUUUACGUUCCUUAGUUUGAUUUUUGUAUUUAUUUUCUUACCUGCAGUUAUGUUAGAGUUUUGAAAAUUUUUCUUUUUAGAGUCUGUGCAGUCUUUACCUUCUUGAAAAGGUGCAUCCUAAAUGGAAACAUGCCAUUGUAUCCUUCAUGUAUAACUUGGAAAUGACUUUCCUUAACUUAAAUCACUUUUGGCUGUGGAAAAUGAAUAAAUCACUUGUUUAUUUGAUUCAGCCUCAUUUUUUCUGUAUUUGCAGCAGCAGCACCUUGCUAUUAUCAAGCAAUUUCUCGCAUAUACUAAGACAUUAAACGCUCCUAUUUGUGAGGAAUCUUGGUUUAUAUAAUAAUGUUAUGAUUAUACUGUAAAUGUUUUAGUUAAUAAGUAGUUAUUUUGGCUGCACUGUACAUUUGUUACAACAGUUAAUCUGUACAUGAAUGUAUGUAAUUCUUUAACUGCUUUUAGGUAUUCUAUCUGUUGCUUGACUUAUGUUUUCUGGAUACUGAACUGCAAAGUAACGAGGUACAAUUUUUUUUUUUUUUUUGCAUUUGAAGAUUUUCUUUACCAUAGAAUUAUACGUACACUGUAUGCCCUUUGUUUGUAAAUACUUGGAUAUACCUAUUUUUGACAUGGUUUGAUGCUAUUCUGGUUUACAGAUUUAGUGAAUGUAAUCAUAAUUAUUUGCAAUGUCAUGUCAGCACGAUGAGGGUCCUUAUAGAAUGAUAACAGUGAUCGUAUGUUAUCAAUAAAACAUUUUUUUUCUUUUUGUAUGGGUAUCAGGUGGCCACCAAAUUUGCCAAAGCAUUCAGCAUGUCAGAGGAUUUGAUCAAACUCAUUCAAGGAUUUUGGCUUCUUGAUCACCAAGACUUUGAGGUAAAGAUUUAUCUCGUUCUGCUUCUUUGCAGUGGACACAUAAGUGUUGAUUUUUAAAUUUGACAAUAUCAAUGAGAGAUUGUCUGAUCCACAUGCAGUGGGUUGUCAGCCAAGUAAAAACUAUUCUGGAAAGCACGAUUUUUGUCAUUGGAAAAUCAAUCUCAAUUCAAUUAAGAAGUUUAUCAAGCCUAACAUCUUCUUGGAAGUUUUGGAGCUGAGAAAAAAAAAUGACACAAUGGAACCCUCAAUUCAAUUAAUGAAGUCACCUUUUUAUUACAGACACUUUUAAUGAAAAUUCCUGGUGUGCUGAAAAAAUCUUGUUAACCUUUUAAAAAUAAUUUUAAAAUCCCAAAAUCAUCUUUUUUCACCCUUUUGAAGCAUUUUGGCUGAAAACAAAAACCAUGAAAUUUUAUCAAACUCCGUCAUUUUUUACUCAAAAAGCUGGUUUUUUUUAAAAAUAAGUAUACAAAACUCCUCCCUUUUUCAUCAAAACCCUGACAAAGUGAAUGAAUCUUGACACUAACAUCCGCUAAGGUAACUUGCAAAGCAAUUUAGAAAUUUCACCCUGCCCUGGUGAUACACAGCCACCCCAUUAAUAGGGUCAAUUUGUUUUGGCCCAUUGGUGAUCAUAUCAACGAAGUUCCACUGUAUAUCUAAAUUUAGUCUCCACUAAACAGCGCGUAAACAGCAAAGCUUGUUGACAAAUAAGUUUAUUUGUGGAAGGCCUGUAUGACAUUACAAUGUCAGCAAGAGCUUAUGCGAACAAGGUAAAGUAAAUUGUCGAGAGUGAACUUUGACAGUUCGUCUUAAAGAGGUACAACAUGCUACCACAGCUACUAACAUGAUGUCCAUGCAAAACUGGCUGUUAUCUGCACAAUCUUUCCAUACGACUGCCAGCUAAGCUGAGAAAUCCACUACUGUGAACUAAAAUCUAAAACUAAAACUACAAGUACAAUCAAUCAUGCCAGGUAGGCAUGAUUGAUUGAAAAUGAAACAAACUUAACGUAAAACUAUCAGUUAAGCUUGGAAGUCCAUUACUUUGGACCAAAAUCUCUCAUAUACUCACGUGUACUAAUCACACAUGCCAUUAGAGUAACAAACUCACAAUCCAACAAGCUUUUCAUAAGACUGCCAGUUAGGCUGAGAAGUACACUACAGAAUUCUCAUAUGUUCAAAUCAUACAUGCCAGUUGGGCUGAUGAAUCUUAGAAUUACGUAAACCUGGCGUACAAAUGCUAGUUAGGAUGGAGAGUCCCCUAUUUGAACCAAAAAGUCCCCUCUUGUAAAGGUAUACAAACGAAACAUGCCAAUUAGGCUUAAAAAAACUGCCCAAAAAAUAAAUAACAAGGCUACCAAGGAAAUGCAAAUAACAUGAUGUAAGGAGUCUAUAGUUAAGAGCAAUAGUACCAAUCUACAUGUCACCGAAGUAGAACCACUGAAAAGCACCUUAUAUGAAACAGCCUAAGUUAAAGACAUGUAUAGAAACAAAACAAAACAAAGAAACAUUGGAUACAUCUAGUAGAUGUAGCUGAGAAACCAGUAACAAUGUAAGAAUGAUUAGAACAGAGGCCAGAAAAAGCAGGAAAUCUGUGUAGACCAGAGGCCUACGGAGGCUUGACAAGAACAAAACUAGCUGACUAUAACAUUAAAAUUGAACUAAAUGGAGCUCUGACUCCAAGGUUGAUUAAGAGACCCAGAUGACUAUCACAUGCUUACGCUUUCUUAUAUACCUUUAGUUUCCUACCUCGUGAUGCACUGGCCUGGUACCCAGGCCGUGCAGUGUCUCGUGCUGACAAAAUGUUUAUUUCAGCCUUCUACCCAAACUCAUUCGUCAGAAAUUGCAUUUCCUUGGUGUUAUGUACUGAUCAUAUUGGGACAUCCUUUAGCCUCUAACCAGAGCAACAAUUUACCAAGUGCAAUUAUUGUAAUUUUAGGCUGCACUGACUACCUUACUUGAUCCAGUAAUAGUAACUGAACUUGGUCCCUGGCAGAGAAGUUUUAUUAUCAGGACUCUACUUGCACAAGGUAAAAAAUUGCAAUGCUGUGACAAUUACAGGGCAACCGCAAUAAUGCAUGUUAAGUUAUCUGAGAAAGUGUCCUAAAGUACAUGUAAAAUUUCAAACUUAGGAGUUUUGUUUUUAGCCACAUCUAAUGAAUUACCUCGGACUAUGCAUGAGAUAUACAUCCAGUACAGUUAGAAAAUACAUUAUUUUAUUCAAUUGGAUCUGCAUGCUCAAAAACCUGAAAUGAACAAAAUUGUUUAAUCACCCAAAAUGUAAUAAUGGAAAUGAAUGAGGCAACUGAAACAAACUAAAGGCAAAUUUGUGGAAACAAAAAAAUGAGGCUACAAAACCACUUCCUCAGGUUUCAAGUUAUCAAGUUUUAUUUUCUUUUUUUGUUAUUAAUCAUUGUUGUCCCCUGAAUGAAGUGGCACUUUGUCUCAAACAAGAAAGCAACAUGUAAGAGUUUUGUCAAAAAACUCUCUGGCAUUUCGGUUUACUUUGAGGUGGCCAGGUGGACAACACAGGACAAUUCAAGUAAAUUAAGUGCAUGCUAUUGUGAACUAAACAAUUUUUUUUUUCUACCGGACUGAAAAAGAUUUAACCAGGCAUAUCAUCAGAUACACCCUUUGGAAGCUACAGUUUAAUUUUACUUACUUCAUUUUGACUAGCGUGUCCUACCACUGUGCUUGUGCAUUUGUGUCAUUCUCUGUUUUUCUUUGGAUGGUAAUGGGGGAACUCUUUGUAAAUGCUUAAUUAUAGCGGAGCUCGCAGAGCGUAGCCCCUUAAUUAUACAAAAUCAAGCCGAAAAAAUUUGGUUGUACGACCGUACAAGGUGCUACUUUAAACAUGCGUGGUCAACUGUACCGCGGGCACGCCAACGCCACGGCUUUGUCCAGUAGUCCAGUGGUCAGUGUACUGGGCUCCGAGUCGGACGACCCGGGUUCUAGUCCUGGCCGGGGCAAGGUGUUGUGCCCUUGCGGGAAAAAAAAUGCGAGCUCCGCUUUUAGGCUUGGCUAAAUCUAUAUAUUAAGCUUGGUCAUAGAUUAAAAGGAAACACGAUGCAUGACUAUUUGACUGGGAGACAAAGGCAAAAUCUGUGUUCUUAAUUUUCUUCUUGUGGUGAUGUGACUCUAAGACCUUUUCAAUCACAUGCCCCACAACUACAGUAGUUAAUGAGAACUCAUACGUUACCAAGGCACAGAGAGUAAAUUUUUGGUAAUGUACAGAAUUAUGCCAAUUUUGUGGGGAAAAAAAAAGGAUUUCUGUAGGAAAAAUUACCAGUUUGAGUUCUUACACAUGUGUGCUUAUUAAUCUUUUACUGGAUUGGUGUUUUGAGGAAUUUUAAACAAGUUAAUACAUGUACUUUAAUUUUAAAGUGUUUGUGACUUUAUGUUCAGGGGAGCCUCAAAAAGCAUUGCACUACAUGAAGGUCAUAUUUCCCACUAUUCAGGAGUUCAGUGACGUCAUGUUAUAUAUCACUGCAUUAUUGACCAAUGGGUAAGAUCUCCAGUUAUUUUUUGGUACAUUGAUUUAAUCUUCAUGUAGAGUGAGAGAGGGUCUGAGUGGGAGACAGAAUUGUGGCCUUUUUUUAAAUUAUAUUAAUAUAUAUAUUUAAUUAAUUAAUAUAUUGAAUAUUUAAUUUUUUACAAUAUAUAUUUAUUAUAUGUGGCCUAUGUUGCAUAUUUUUAAUAUGUUAUCAUAUAUCUCAGAUAGUAUGUGCGCCAUGUUUUUUCGAUUUGGCAGGCCGUAUUUGACCGCGCCUCUCACAAAAUGCAAAAGUUUGUUUGAAUUGUAGUCUUCUCCCUCUUAUUGAACCAGUGAUAUAAUAAACAUGUAAGUAACUGACUAACCUCGUUUUUUUCAGUCCUUACCGAAACAUAAGGAACCUCGGGCCAUAAAUACGAACGGAAAAACCUUCCAAGUCCUCUUAAGAAGUUUCACACGGGGCUCGAUAUCAUGAACAAUUGACUCUCAACCAGAUAAAAAAAUCUGCGGGUGACAUGCACUUUAAAUUGACAGUACUUUUGACAAAGGCAACUUAUAUAUGAACCAAGUUGAGCCUAAUGAACCUUAUUCACAAAGCACAAUGGGAUGAGGUUGACGUCUUUUUUUCCUUUUUUAGAAAAGUAAUAGAGGCAUAUCAGUUUCAGGUAAGACUACAUGUAACACUCAUUUUGAUCCUUGUAUACGCUUUUUAAAAGAGCACAUCAUCUUGCAGAACAGAAAUUUCCGUAUUGUGUCCUUUAACAUCUGGCUUGUUGAUUUCCAGAAAUGUCAUCAAAAUGCGAGAAGAGGCAAAGAGUUGCUCUAUCAUUUCUUCAGUAGCUGUCAGCAGAGUGAGUAUACUAAUUGUUUUCUUUUUGCCUCUGACAUGAAGUAAAUGAUGGGAUUAUUAAGCAGCUGAUGUGUGUUAGAACCACCCUCUGGAAUGAUCAAUUAUUUAAAUGUAAAAUAGGCAUAAAUAAGGUAAAGUCAAUACCUUGCCAUGUCAGUAACUGUGCAAACAAAAUAAAUCUUAUCAAGGACUAUCAAAAUCAAAAAAGAAAAUUUGGGAUAGCCACACGACAUUCCGCAAUGAAUAAGUUUAAAACCUGAAAAUAGUGCCGAUGUUACAUUUUAAGAAAGGGAAGGAAAAUUAAAUUUCCCAGCCAAUUCUAUUGGAAUCGGCUAUUUGUUUUAACAAAAUCAGCAGUGAAUAUAAGAAUCUUUAAAUUAACAAUUGAAUUAGGGAAAGUUUUAACCCUGAUUACUCUCACUUGCACAACCAAACCUACUGUCUGAAUAGUUUUUAACUGAGUGCAAAAUUAAUUUGUGUUGUCAUCAGAAAUAGGGUAAACUGCUCGUUUUUCUAAGCUAUUUUAGGACAUUUAAUUUGUCAUCAUACCUUGUUUUAGCUUUCCUUUGUAAAUGUUCAUGGGGACAUAUUGUCCACUACGUUCUAUUGUUUGGUUUGGACCAAAGGCGUCACGAUAGGACCAGUUCGACUUGUAAAAUAACGAGGACAAAGCCUUUCACUGGCAAAUGAAUUGCUACAAAUAUGGGAAAUGUUGGUUUCUUGCGUGAUCAUUGCAGGAGCUUAGUUUUUUAACCCACGCGCGAACCCAUGAUGCGCAGCCCAUGUGCACAGUGAUAAUAGCAUGCACCGUCCUGAAAUGAAAGGAUUUCAAAAUAUUUUACGGAAAAGAAAAUGUUUCCCCUUGUUAAACUGUUGUCCUUGUAUGAAGAUAAUAUUAGCUUAAAGACUAUUGAUGGAACCGAUCAGAAUUCUGAUUGGUUCGUGGACUCCUAGUCUAUCAUCCCUAGUUCGCAAUAAAAACUGUUUUUGUUUUUACCCCUUUGAUCCGUCAAAAAGAGUUCCAUCAGGUUUCCUUUUACAGUAAUAGUUGACUUUGAAAAGGAAAUAAUUCCUGACAAUUACAGUCAUAUCAUUUAAGUGAUUGUUAUCUGCUUUUUUAAAAUUUUUUUCUAAAUAGCUCAAAACAUGACCAGACUCCUACAGCUCCCUCUAGAGUUUACCGAGGAGGUUUGUUUAUGGCUUGUACAAUAUUACACUGCUUAAACGAUUGCAAGUUUAUUGAGAUUGUUCAUGAUAAUAAGGAGUGGGGAAUUCUCAGAGAUUUGCCGGGAGUUUAGAUGUACUCCCGAGAUAACAAAUUUAACAACCUCCAAAGCCAUAAAUAAUUAGUUAAAGCUCUGAAGAGGUCUCCAUCAGAGUAAAAAAAUUAAGAGAACAUUUAGCUGUGAUUCGGACUGAUGUCUCAGUUGAGCACCACCCCGACUUUGAAUGGAAAGACUGAAUGAAAUUUUGGUGUUUUUUCCUUCGCAAUUUUUUCUCUUUCCAACACCUACGGUAACCUUUUUGAAAAGGUAUGCAAUUUUGACUGAGUUCGUGAGGCAUCAUUCCAACCUGGAUGAGACAGAGAAGAACUUGUAUCACUCAUGCCUGUGAUAAAUCAAGGGAAGCCACCUUGAAUUGAGUGGAGAACAUGUAUUUUUGUCUUUGAGUCAAAAUGGAGGAGGCACUCGCAUUUUUCAUUCUAUGCUUAAUGUAGCACUUCUUCCACCUUUAAACAUUUUGAAUGCUAGGUUUAAAAGGUUUUUGCUGUAUACCUUGUAUGAGUACAAAUGCCAUCAAUGUAUUCAGGCUCAUGCGUAUGUACUAUUGAUGCGAUAAUUUUCGUUUUGUAAGGAUUUCUUGGCAAAUUUUCUUCAAGAAGAAACAUUUCCACAUUCCAAGGAACUGCUCGUGAUGUACUACUUUCAAAAAGGACGUUAUGUGGAAGGAAUCAGGCUAAAUGAGCUCCUCAAAAAGGAUAAAUUGGUUUGUUAUAGUAGGAACUUUUUGUGUUGCGUUCUUGUAUUUUAGAGGGAUAUUAUUAUAUCUGUAUUAAAUUUAAUUGUCUUGGAAGGGUUUUGGUUAGUUAUCACAUGAUAAUGGUAGCUGGUUUAGCGUUUAUCUCACGAUAUAGUCAGUUCUUGUGUGGAUUGCGACAUCAACACAACCUUAGCUAGAAGCGUGUCCGCAAAAAUUUGCAACAUAUGCGCUGUUUUUAACUUGGAGACUACGCGUAGACCGCAUUCGGGAGUCCAUGCAAUUAUGGCCGGGUUUAUUUCGGUGAGAGCGGAAAACCCAUGAAGGGAAGAAUCAUUCAGUAUACCAUAGACGUCUUAGUCACUUGCAUGCAUACCAAGGGAACAGUUUAUUGACCAUGAUUCUCGCUAAUACACAUCGGUGGUAAAACAGGCCAUUCUAAGAAGUCAGGGAAUAUAAAUUCCAGAAGCAAGUUUGCUAACAAUAUAGAAACACAACAAACAACAGAAGAGCAGAGUGAUGGCCAAACGCUAAAAGAACUGAUCACUGAAAUCCGCACACAGUGUAAUGCUUCCAAAGGUGACAUAUGACAAGUCCACUUCAUCACCCGAAGGAAACCACGCGGUCGAAACGUUGUGAAACAAACUGUAAAUACCUAGCUAUUAUAAUUUUUUUUUUAUCUUUAGAUAAUUCUUGGUUUCUUGUUUUGGUUUCUUGUUUUGCAAAAUCUACAGCUUUGCUACUUAACCCUUGCAUUGAAUGAAGCUUUCAGUCAUACUACAUUUUGUACUGAUCUACCUCUACUAAUGUAUUAAUUUUUAGGUUGAGCAAGAUGAGAGAGCAAAAGUGAGAAAUGCCCUGGCUGACGCUUAUUUGAGAUGUUUACCAAGAGUACAACGCAAACUUAUCUUUGGACCUGAAAAGACAUUGUCUCAACAACAUGUGACCUUGACUGAAAGUACGCACAGUAUACAGUAUACAUUUUGUCAAACGUUAUGGAAAAUUUUAAUUUAUUUCUCCUUAUGACUUGCGCCGACUUAUGACUUAAUUAGAUUGAUAAGGUGCUAGAUCCGUGUGGCCACUUGUGUUGUAGAUUGCAACAUAUAGACUGCAUGCUGCCAGUUUUAAUUUGGGGUGAGGUUGACUUGGUCACCUGUAUUUGAUAAUCGCUUGGAUUUUGGUGACAAGGUCAGUUGUUUUUUGUUGUCAGUCACCUCUGUUUCGGCAGUUGGUUUCCUUGGCUGUCUGCCGUGAGAGACAACCUUCUCUUUACUGUAUUUAGUGAUUGUGGUCAUCCAUGCUUGUAAAAUUUACAUUCAGUAAUUUCAUCAUCAAGUUGAUGAUGUUAUUUGAGUCGCAUCUAUGACAGUACGUGCUCAACAGUAAAUUACAGAGGGGCUGGCAGUAUGCAGUUGAAAAAUUGUGAGUGACACCACAUCAUUACACAAAUCAUCGUACUUUAUUUUUGUUCUUCACUGAAACGGCAUAGUGCAAUCUUUCCGAUUGAUUAGUUUGUUUUCCUCGGCGGAUUCAUUGAAUAGGGAGAGUCUUGUUAAAGGUUCGAGAAAUAACUCAGAUAUGAGUGUGUCCUAGCUUGUGGAUCGAAAUAGGCGGGGCUAUUACUGCAAAUAAACUAAACUUGUAUAAAGUAUUUUAAGGUAUUUUAAGUUCAUAUUAUCAUUUUGUCAAUGGUUAGAGAAAGAAGUUCAAAAAUGCAGCUCGCUUACUGCGAUUGAAAUGCGGUUUGUGUGGGUUUUGCAUGGGCCUUAUUAUUACUCUUUCUCAAAAUGGACGCACCUGUGAUACAUGAGCCCAUGAGCAAGGUUGUAAUAUGGCUAAAAAGUUAUCUGCUCAAAAUUACUCAGGCCAAAAAAAAUUGACGAAGAAGUCACAUGCCUACACUGUAAGCAACAGUCACUUACAGCUGCUCAUUCUACCGUAAUUGUUUGGCCAUUUGCAGUUCCACGACCCAAACCUCUGUCGACUGUUGUACACAAAGUAGACAAAGGCAAUCCAAUCUCUCGUGCUGUUAUUUUGAGCUCAGCUAUGAACAAACUGCAGGAAUUAAGGUAACACUGAUAUUUAUCAUGUAUGACGUUGAGCUAAUAUUUUUAUGUUUUUUGACAAUAUUUUAAUCUAUUUUACACAUGGAAGAUAACAUCAGAAAGAGUUUCAAUAGCCUUACACUCACACAGGAAACUUCAAUUUUUUGUGAUUUGUGACACGGUUUUACCCAAAGCGAAUGACAUCUGCCACAUUGUUCCGUCAUAGCAAUGGUUAAUCUAACUCUUUGCAGAUCAGCAGAACAGCUUGCAUUCCAGAAAGAAGCAGAACCUUUCAUCUGUACUUCAGUGACUCCAAGAACAAAAAGCAGCUUCAGGUAACACCCAGAUCGUGGUAUAUUAGACAAUACCCUGUCGGCUGUUUAGAAAAGCACUAAACAAGACUGAGCUUUACGUUUACCAGGACAAUAAAAAUAAGCAAGAGUCUUAAGUCUAGUCUAUCCAAUAGGAGGGUGCUAAAAUUAUGUCAUAGAGAACUUCUGAAUAAUAAUGGGACUACUUCAUAGUGUUCAAAACUAAAAAUUUAAUUUUUUGUGUCUAAAAAGUAUGUAGGUAUACAGGUUUGAAUAAACGUGUCCAUCUUUAGGAUGUUUGCUUUGUUGUUCUGUUGUCUUAAAAUGCUGAUUUUCUCGAUAUUAUAGCGUCCAAAACAAAGUCUGUUGCUCACAGGUGUAAAUCUCAAAAACUAGCAUUAUAACGUUAUUUUUCUUUCAGUAUUGAAGCAUCAUGAGGGAUGGCUAGCAAGGGACUUCUUAGUAGUUAUUCAUAAUUGAAUUUCAGUUUCUCUUUGUAAAAGGUUGUUAAGAAUAAGCAUGUCUUUUCCUAGUGAUUCAAAUAAGGUGGGGGUUCUUUACGCGUCAGAAAAUAAACAACCUAUGGAGGAUACAUUGGCAAGUAAUAAGGUAAUUCCCAAACUUGAAUGUAUGGGCAAACUAGCUGGACUGAAGCAUUUUUUGAAGGAGUAACUACAAUACAAAAUUCAAAUUCAUCGCUGUGGUGUCUAACAGACCAAUAGAGGAUUCAAUAUUUUGCAUGUCUUAUUGAACAUGAUUGAUCUUGCGAUAUACUGCAAAGGAACGGUUCUUUAGGCUCAUAGUAGCUCAAAUACAUUUGUUCAAGGACAUUAAAGAAUUACCAAAAUUUGACCCUCUCUGAAACCUGAGGUGAAGAGAGUUCCAAAACAAUGUGUUCAGUCAUCAAAACAGAUCUCUUGAACAAAAUGUCGACUGUUCAAUAAUUGCAUCAGUAGCAUAAAUUCAUUCUUUGAGGUUGAAAUUACCUCACUAUUUCAGGUGGACUACCAUGUACUUUCAAUGAGAGAUAACCCAUACCUUUUUCGAUCACUCUUCUUCAUCUUUGUUGCAGUUGUAAUGGUUGGUAAUAAUAAGUGAGAGGGGCUCUCGGGGUUUACCUUCAGCAACUCUCUUAUUUGGUUUUUUUUUAAUGCUGUUCACGCCUUGCAAAUAAUGGAUUUUCCUCCACUGACUUGUCAACAAUUUCUCUCAAGUAGCCAUCACCACAACUUAAUCAUCUUUAAUUCCAUCUAUCUACUUGUUUCUUAGUCUGAGAAUGGAAACUAUUUAAAACAAGUAUCCUCACCAACAUUUCUGGAUAAGAGAAGGUAUGAUAUAUACUCCUUUACCGAGGAAUUUAGCUUUUCUGUUAGUUUGUUGGUUUCAUUGGUUUUUGUUUUUUCUACUUUGUUUUGUUUGCUUCUCUGGUUUGUCCUGUUUCUAAAGGACUAAAUAAGUCGAAUCAUGGAAUUAGUUCCAACUGCGUUGGGAACAUGAUGACAAUUCAUUUUAUAAACUUCUAAAAUAGUUAGUCUUCUCUCUUUUUGAAUGGUAACAUUUCAUUUAUCUAGAUCUUUCACCAGAUUCGGAAAUAAGAAAGAAAAGUAUUAAUAUAAAUUAACUCAACUACUAGAAAAGAUUAUGCGAAAGAACAUAAAAAGGACAGGUGUAGUGUAGAGUGUAGGUGCUGAAUUUCUUUAGCUUUGAACUGGUAUUGGCCUAUGGACGAGAGGCUAGAGGAAUUUCUCUCUCUCAAAGAAAAUGAGACCAUAUCUGAAAGAACGCUGGCAAAUCCUGAAUGCAAGUUUUUUGAAACCUAAUCAUUCCGGCCAUCCCAAUUGUAAACUAAUUUCAGUACAAUUUUUGUUUCCCCUAGUAUUGUUCUCAAGACGUUUGUUUUGUUUAAUUUCUUUUUUAAGUCGGCGGCAGUUUUUCUCUGGUGCUGAAGCUCUUUCGUUGUUGGCCACUCCUCCAGUCGUGAAAUUAAACCCGGUGAGAUAUAUACUUUUUUUAAUGAAUUUGAAUUUAGCAUGUUCACUUAAUGUAUUUCUCGUUUGAAUUUUUAAACAUGUUCUGCUGUACUCUGAGUAAUUUUGUGAAAUGAGUUCAUGCACGUGUAAGCUCUUGUCUCACUUUUUGCCAGACGUCUGCAAGAUCAUCUUUGGGAAAACCGGAAGGAGUUAGUAUUGCUACCCCACAGUCUAUUUUAAAGGUAAUAACUGCGGUUAGAGAACGUUAGUAAAGUAACAGAAUCAAAUAUUGUUUUGCAAAGCUGGCACUGUUUUCUCCCGUUACUUGUAAGCUUCCAAAGUAACUUUCUUCUGAAAACUAUUUUUUGUUCAUGUAGAUAACAAGAGUAUUGCGUCGCCCCUCCCCUCAACCCUCCCCCACAUCCUCUCCUCCAACAACCAGGCGUGGCUCCUCUGAUCCACUGCUAUCAAAGUCUGUCGAAACUCAAGGUUGGUCCCAUUUUGUACCAUUUACUGGUCUGUUUAUAUGCACUUCCAGGGAUCUGCUUAUCUAUGUAUUCUCGGCUAGUCACUUCUUAAAGCAGUUAUUAAUAUAUAUUCUAGCAAACUUGUUAUAUUCGCUUCAGCUGUUAUAGAUAUAAAUGUUUAAAUGUGGUCCGAUAGUCCGGAUAAGAGUAGUUCUGGAAAGGAUUGUUGUCGGUGACAGACCGAUUUUGCGACAACCUCACUGGGAGUUUUCAGUAGAGUCAAGGGCGGUCUUUUCAGUCGAUUGUUUAACUUGGUUUAGGGAAACUGGUCGGUCAGUUUUGCUAUGAUGGUAUUAGAUGUCUGAAGGAUAAACCAAAAGUAACCUUAAGAAGCAGCGUAGAGUGCAUCUCUCACAAGUUAUGUGAAUACAUGUCAUGCAAAUUUCGAAUUACACCCGCACAACUCCCGUAACAAGUGCGCCAUGAUCCGUCCGGGAACAACAUGAAUAACGGCUUAUUCGGAGUGAUGUCUCCCUGUUUUAUUUGUUAUCUAAAUUUUACUUGUACUUCUGAAAAGCGUACUUACUUUCACAUGAAACCAACGGUAUAAGUGACCAAACAAAUUAAGUAUUGUAUCCCACCUACCAUCUUGAUCCUUAGGUGGCUAUCAAAAGGGUGCAUGGUGUUCAGUGAAAUUAUUCAGUUCGCUUGUCUUCAAUCGCAAUCAUUAAAUACAACUACCAAGAAAAACGAUGGACUGGUAGACAGUUCAAAACAUACCAAUUUAUCCUUCACUAGUUUGUAUUGAAAUGCAUGAAGUUGUAAUGAAACGGCUUUCUAAGUGUAUCAAGUUGGCUUUGUUAAUGUAUCAAAUCAAUUUCAGUUUGUAUCUUUUCCACUUGUAUAAAAAAAAGUGUUAUUGAAACAACCGCAGUCUGACCUAAAUAUGUCGUUGCCAGUAGUUGUAUACAUCUUGUGACAGAAGGUUCCAUUCAAACUAGUUGUUCAAAGUCAGUUAGCGAAAAGGAUUGGGCUGAAGGUUGAACAUUGAGCAAAUUACUAAGUUAAUCGAUAGAUGUGAUCCGUUUGUCUGAUGACGUUCACCAUUUCCUCAUUGGACAAUCGCCGUGGAUGUUUAAUAAAUACAUGACACAAUCCACAUUAGUUCAAAUUAUCCGUUUGUUACUGAAGUGAUGCCUGUGCAUGUGGUGUUCUGGUAGACAGGGUAUACUGCACCGCUUUUCUUCACUUUGGUCCAAUAUUUAGUGUGUUUUUUUCCUUAGUGUUAGUUGUAUGUCGCCAAAAAAAAUAGAUAGAAGAAAAAACGGUAAAGGAGCCGAAAUGGAAUGAAAAUAACUAAGUAAUUCUUUAUUCUAGCUAUUGACGGUGUCAUUCAGAAUGACGAUUUAACAACUCCAAACAGACGUAUAAGGUUGGUAAAAUACUGAUUCAAUAAUUUUGUGUUGGCGGUCUUACCCAGAGGCCAUUAAGAUUAACAGCUUGGGAUAAUAAGUAGGCAAAGCCUUUACCUCUUAUCUUUUCUUUAGUCAUCAGCUGUAGCUACUCUUUGAUUUUAGAAACAUGUUUACCCGGGAACCGUGCAAAAAGUCUUUUAUUUCCUCUGUUCAGUGAGUUACAUAAGAUAAUCGUAGUCUUUGGCCAAUAAUCUCCGCUGUUUUCCUCAGAUUUGCCAGUGAAAAUGCUUCAUCUCCUUCCACAAGGUACAAACAUGCACGUGUAUUUGAACAUAAAUGUAAUGAUAAACAGGUUUUUAUCUACCAAACGAUAGUCUCAAUAAUACGGGCUUAUGUAAAAUGAUUUGCAUAGACACAUGAUAACAGAACUGUUAUUGUUAACAAUUUACACAUGAUAAACUAAUAGGAUUAUGCUUCACCAGAUUUUGUGAAAGAGACUCCUCAUCUUGUUAUUUUCUAUAGAAAUCAUGAAUUUAGAUCAUUUCAUUAAUUCAUUCAUCCUAGCUGAACUAAGCUAUGGUAGACAGUUGCAUUACGCAUCUCCGCUGGACUGCUUUCAUUGAUUACAGGAUGUCGUCAAAGGAGCGGAAUAACGUGAUGAGUAACAAAUCUACCAAUCUGGACCAGCAAUUUUAGCGGUGUUGUCCUUUAAGGGAGGGGGUAAACCAGAAGAUAUUUUAGGUUCUCUUUUUUUCAUCAUGUCAAAUUAUUUUUUUCUUGUCUGAAGUGCCCAUUAUCUUUUGAGAAAAUAUCACAUUCUAAUGUAAACAACAUUUGAAGUCAGCUGCCAUUGUAAAAUAAUGUUGAUAGUUAACUACCUCCCUCUUUUGUUUUUUCAGUCCUGUGAAGCAUGUUUCAACAUCUUUUCCCUCAAACAAAGAAACCGUAGACUCGUCUGAAAGUAAUGUCAUUGGCAUGACACAUGAUGAGGAUAUUGCUGUGGAUAAUUUGUCCCAGAACUUUACACCACUCCAGCCAUCUGACCCACAGUCAAAAACACAAGGUAUCGCCAACAUGAAGGUCAACCUGUUCUUAUAAUUAAUGUCAUACUAUCAAAUACUAAGUCGCAGACACUUGGGACGGUCCUUGCCGUUUAGCCUCUUUUAACUUCCAAAAUCGUUCAAGUACAUCAUGCAUCAUGCAUCACACACCAUAUGCUGCUUAAGUUCUUAAAUACAAGUAACAUAGUAAGAUGUUAUAUAUUUUUCCUUAGCUUGAUAUUCUUGCCCUUAUGUGUCAAGUUGGUAUCAAAUUCAUGUCACACUGAAUUAAAUGUAAUUUUUCUCGGUUGGGUUCUUCAAAUCAGUCACCUGAUGCCUAUUGGACGAAUUUGCACCAUUUGAAGCAUUUAUGCUAUCAGAUCACGCUUUAAAUCCAAGCUGCGCUUGGCGUUGCCAUGAUGCAGGCAAUUUAUUGUAUUAAUUAGAGCUGUUUACCUUACCUCAGUAUCUCAAUUAAAUCCGUAGAUGAAGUAGAAAUAGAAAUUGAGGGAAACGAAGCACAAGGAGAAGCUGAGCUUCAGAUAACUGCGGCUGUAAUGGAAUUCACUGGAGACAGUGACACUGAGGAAACAGAAACUCAUGACGAGGACUAUAGCAGUUACGAGCUGGAUGACAGUGAUGCAGUACUUGGUAAACAAACUUUGUUAUGAAGUUGGGAAGAGAGAAUUACAGCUCUUUCUCCUAGACGAUAACCGACACAACGUUUCACUUAGUUUACCACACUCAUAUUUCGGCCCUUUUCUUUUUUACCUACUUUCGUCUUUUUGAUAAAUUGCCUAGCAAAGAGCAGCUUAAGUUUCAUUUUAUUCUACCAAACUCUUCAUGUGAAUUAUUAAGCAAAUAUUGAAGGAGAGAGGUUACUUUGUAAGUUCUAAUCGAAGAUUAACCUCUGAACAAUUUAACGACGUCAAAUCAUUGUCUAUUACAUGAGUUACUGCGGUUGAUGCUAACUGCUGACCUUGUUAUUGACUCAGGCAUAUUGGCAUUGCACCUCAUCUUCAGGGUUUGCCCAGAUCCUGUGUCAAAUUUAAAAUCCUUAUUAGCGUACUCCAAAUGAGGGGCAACACCUCCCUAUACUUUUGCCUCCUCCCAGCCCAUGAUAAAUCGAACAUUGAAUUCUUCUUUAACAUGCAGAGAGUGAAAGUGGAAGUGCAGAGCGUGGUUCUUCUGCAGUCCACUAUGCGAAAGUAACAUCUGUUACGGUGAAGGAAACAGCAGAUUCUCCUCCCCUGUAAGUUAAGAUUUAUAAAGAUUUUUUUGUCAGUAUUGAUCAAAAUUUUACGCAUUGUAUUUUUUUUUAUAUAUAUUUGUAGGUUAAGUUUCUAUUUUAAUUAUAAUGGACUAUUUUCACCGCCAAUAACUGACACAAUAAGGUGAUGUUUCCCGUAGACUUUUGUAGGAUUUUGUGUUAGGAGAAAGUAUAUUUUUAAUGAUAAGCAUGCGACUGCCUUUUUGCUUGGCCGUUAUUGCUGUUUUAUAGUUUGCAUGAUUGCGAAACUUUUUCACGAGACUUAACUUGGAUGCUUUUGUGUUGGCUAAUUUCAAGAAGUGCAGCUGACGUGUUUUCUUCUUCAUACCUGUUAAGACAGUUAACACUUAAAUUAAAUAUUUUCCUAAACCUCAAGUUUGCUAAAUGUCAAAGUCAACACACUCAGUCUAUCAAACACUUGGAUAAAUAGAGAAUAAUACAUGGGUGCACGUAGAUAUGGGAUUUUCUCCUCGAGUGUUCAACUUGAUAGCUCACGAGUGAGCGCAGCGAACGAGUGAGAUGUCAAGUUGAACACGAGAUGAAUAAUUUCAUAUAUAAAUUUUGUUUAUCAUAUAAACACAAUAGCCUCUUAGUGACAAGAAAAGCCGACUUCAUUAAUAAAUAAAAAUAAAUUGCAGAAUCGACAAUCGUACAUUGCGUUGGCGCUAAGGCUCGUGAUGGAAAAAUGCUUUGCUCCACUAAAAUGUUGUGACUGUUCAGCUCUUUUAAAAAGGCUGCUCGAGCAGUCUUGAUCUUAGUUCAGUUUGUUUGUAGUUAUAGCUUCCUUAAACGAUAUAAUCUAGGGAUAUCUAUUAAUCAGGUCGUUCAUAUUCCUGAUGCAGUAAAUUUAGCGUUAAGGAAAGAAACAUUCAUGCUAUAUGCUUUUGUCGCACAAAAGAACUACUCUUGAGCAAGAUAUUGAAACGAGUAUCUUAUCUGUUUUUUUAUUUUGUUUCCAUAUCGUUAGACUUGGUUCUGACAAUGACCUGCACUCUCCUCCAAAAAAAAUGGUAAGUUUCAGAUUUCAAGAUACUUACAGUCUGAAACACUUCCUUACUUUGUUGAUAUAGUAGACUUGCGUCAGGUGUUGUUUUAUGUGUCGCAUUACUUGAGUCACAAUAGUCACAAACAAUCACAAACUCAUACAUACAUACAUACAUACAUUCUUUAUUUGAUAAGUAGGUUGUGUGAAAGGCAGCCAAAGGGCUGAUGUGGACCUACUAUACUAAAUAUUAGGAAUUACAUAUAUAUAAAAAUUGCAAUAAUAACUUAGAACUACUAUAUACAAAUAAAAUGGUGUUCACUAAGACUAACAUAUAAAUCUAAAAGUAAAUGAAAUGGUCCUUUCUGUUGGCAACUACUGUUGCCUCUUUCUCAAAUGAAAAAUUGUCAAUAGUCUUAACAUGUUUACGUAAGAUUUGUUUAAAAGAAUAAAAACUUUCAGGUACUUUAACUAAUCUAUUUACAAAAUUCCAAAUAACAGGACCUCUGUAUCGUAGGGAGUUCCUGCCGGUCUCUGAUCUAAAUCUAAUGACAUUAAAUUGGUUAGGAACACGAGAAGAUCUAGAAGAAACUCUUUUAGAAAACAGUUCACAUAUCGACUGGGUCGUUGUUCCAAAAUAUACUUUGUGCAAGAGGAACAGUACAGAUUUUUUAUAGAAGUAAGAGAUGGGCAGCCAGUCGGAUUUCAUGAGACAUGUGUCAUCUGCCAUCGUUGAGUCGAGGUUAUUCACAAUACGAGCUGCUCUUGCAUGAAUAUGGUUUAGAGAGUUCAGUGCGGAAGGAGAACAAUUUCCCCAUACCGAAAUUCCAUACGUUACACUGGGGAUAAUUGUUUUAAAGUAUAUUUCCUCGAGAACCUUCUUCGGAAGGAUUCUCAUUCUCUUCAACGCUCCAACCUUCUGCGUAAAAGAUUUCUUCACUGAGUCAAUGUGCACAGACCAUGUCAGCUUAUUGUCAAUUUUAACUCCAAGACAAGUGGUGUAAUUAACCAGGUCGAUAUGGCCAGUGUUAAAGUGGAGGGGAGGUAUAGGCCCAACAAAAGAGGUUUUACUUAGUAUCAUUGCUUCAGUUUUAAUUGGGUGGAUGGUUAGCUGAUUCUUAAUGCUCCACAGGAGAACUUGCUCCAAUGAUUUAUUUAGUGACAACAUAACCUGGUCAACAUUUGGUCCAAUACAGUAAACUGUAGUGUCAUCUGCAUACAUGUAUAGAUCUCCCGAGUCGAUGUGGUCAGGGAGAUCAUUAACAUAUAUGGUGUAGAGCCGGGGGCCAAGAAGCGAGCCUUGAGGGACUCCAUAUCGCACAUAGUCAGUGACCGACCUGCAAUUAUUAACUUCAGCAAAUUGACAUCUAUCAGUAAGAUAGCUCAUUAGCCAUUCAUGAAGAGAUCCUGAUAUUCCAAUGGCGUGUAGUUUAUGCGAUAAAAUAUAAUGGGGGACAGUGUCAAAAGCUUUCUGGAAGUCAAUAAAGACUGCUCCAACUGUCAGACCAUUGUCAAUUGCUGUCUUCCAUCCUUCAGUCAUAGAGGUAAGCAUUCCUUCAGUCGAUAGUCCCUUGCUAAACCCCCACUGUUUACAGCUUUUUAUGCCACAGCUGUUCAGAUGGGUAUCAAUUAUGUUGCAGAUCUGGCUUUCGAGCAGCUUGCUGGGGAUAUUUAAAAGUGAUAUUGGCCUAUAAUUUGAAACAUCUGCUGGGUUUCCUUUUUUAAAGAUUGCAUUAACUUUUGCAAUCUUCCAUGUGUUAGGGAAGCUGGACUGAGCCAUGCUGCUCUUGAAAACAGUUACAAUGCCCUCUAGGGCGGAUGUUCCUGCAAUAGCUAAGCUACGAGAAGAGAUGCCAUCAGGACCAGAUGCUUUGUUAAUUUUAAUUGUCUUGAUAUCAGUUUUGAGUUUGUUGAUGUUGACCUCCAAGACCUGCACAGUGGGGGUAACUCUGUACAUGAAUUGAUGGGGAUCAUCAACUUCGGGGAAUUUUUCAGCUAGUUCCUUGCCAAUAUUUAUGAAGUAAGAGUUAAUCAGUUCAGCUUUCUCGUAGUCAUUUGUGAUUUCCUUAUUUUCAGCAUCUCUGAGGGGGCCAAUAUGUUUAUUCUUAGGUUUUCCAGUGGCCUCGUUCACAGUUUUCCAGAAAGAUUUUGAGUCCUUGGUCUCUGUAAAUUUCUUUUUCCAAUAUUGAGCUUCAGCACGUCGUAGCAUCUUAGAUACUUUGUUCCUAGAGGAUUUGUAAUCAACCCAGAGUUUAUUAGUAGCGGGUGUGCCAUCACAGGCUUUCAGAAGUUUAUAUCUCUUAUUCAUCUCUUUCCGGAUCUCACUGUUCAUCCAAGGUAGUGAAUUUUUCUAACCUUGGCUUUACGUAAGGGAAUGUGACUGCUUGCAAUAAUAUUAUACAUGCAAUUCCAAGCCCAAGUGAUGUCAUCCAAGUCCUCAAAGGUGGAACAGACCCACCAGGGAGCACUUUCAGGUCAUGUUUGAAGUCUUUCGGGUUUUCCAACACGUUCUUGAAGUUGUGGACAUAUUUAAUAAAAGGCUUUGGAUUCCUGAUCUUCAGCUUGUAGAUAACGUAGAUGAAUUUGUGAUCAGCUAUGCAAUACUCAAUCACAUCAGACUUUGAGACCUUUGAGGUAUUGAUAGUCAAAAUCAGAUCGAUCAAAGUGUUAGAAUGUGCUGAGGUUCUUGUGGGUGCUUUUAUGAUGUUACAAAAGUUAUAAGAUUGUAAGAUGCGUUUGAAUUUCGCACCAUUUCCAUUAGUAGCAAGCUGAUCUGAAUUGAAGUCACCAGCGAUCACAACAUUCCUGCGAGACAUCCAAAUUGUACUCAAUACUUGGUUGAAUUCAUCAAAGAAAGAUGUAACGUCAGGAGGUCUAUAUACACAACCCACAAGUAAUCUUUGCGAGUGAGCUUUCAAUUCAAUCCAGAGAGCUUCAAUGCCGUCGUUGUCAUAUUUGGAUAUACGUACACAAUCUAGGCUAAUGUUAAAGUAAAUAGCGACUCCGCCUCCUACUUUGUGUGACCUAUCUCUUCUCAGAAUUCGGUAUCCAUCGAUGUUUACUUCGUUAUCGCUUAUAUCUUGUGUCAGAUGCGUUUCAGAAAUGGUUAGGAUAUCCAGGUUGGUAUGCUGUAAAAGUAUUUUCACUUCGGGGAGGUUCUUACGGAGGCCUCGCACGUUCGAGUGACCGAUGGAUACUCCUUGCUUUCCAUUGUCUCUCACCACGUGAAGUGCAUCAAACAGGGGAAGCAGGCCCCGGGUUAGGACAUAUGUCGCCACAUAGUUGUAAAUAUUCAAAGUUGAAGCUUGCAUCGGAGUUGCUGUAGUAGUUGACUCUCGAAUUCCUGAAUCUGACUCGAGCUUUCCACACGAAUCCAAUAUGGCGGAUAUUGAGUCGAAACAAAAUGGAAGAUAUCGGUUUCAAAAACCAAUGAUUAUCCCAGCUUUGCUUGUUUACUUUGACGAGGCGCAUAUCUAGUCCGAUGUGUGCAUCUUUGCCACUUAAACAUGCCAAUAUGUACAGAGAAAAGCCAAAAAGAAACCAAAGUAUAGGCGAACUAAAAAUUUUGCUUCUUCCCGCCAUGAUGGUCAUGGUCUCAAACACUAUUUUUCUGCACGUGGCUUUGUGGUGUUCCUUCUCUCAAUUAGAUCAAUUGCUUUUUUGGCCUUAAUAAGAGCAAUUAGGAGUUAUGUAUGAAGUUAUGUUUCUGUGUAGAGGUUUUGAAUAAACUUCAUCAAACUAAUUAACUUUUAAACAUGGCGCAACUUAGUGAAUGCGUGACAAGUGAAAGAUGGUACUGAAGUUAUAAAGUUACUGAAGUUCGCACCAAAACACAAAGCUGUGGUUGGACAAUCAGGCCAAGAACAACACUAGCAGAAAAAUACAUCCGCUGCGGCUCUUCAAGAAGGGCAGAGUUUAACUAAAAAGUUUAAAGAAAUAUUCACCCAACCUCACUGAGCACCAUUUAUGUGGAUAUUGCCUUAUCUUAUCCAGCGCUUUCCGUCAAGGAUAAUAGCUCAAAAUCAAAAUUCCAUUUGAGUCGGCUUUUCACGACCUCUUAGAGAUGUUAUUGUCACAUGUCCUGCGUGUCACUGAUUUAUGCACACCGUACUUUGGUGCCAAUUCUAGUCUCUACGAAAACAGACAAAUGAUAUCAAGGAAUUUUUUUAAAGGUUGCCACUCUAUUUUUGUAUCAUUGCAGACACUAACUCCUCCAGAGACCCAUGUAGUACCCGUGAAUCCCAUACAAGAAAUACAGGGCAACCCUACAGUGCCCUCCACCAGUUCCAACUCAUCACCACAGCCACAUGAAGCCCUAGAGGAACAGUUACUUUUUACUUCGCACCAAGAAGAAACAGCAAUGUACCAAACACCAGUGGAAGCUAGUGAAUUAUCAUACACUUUUUCUCCUCCUGCUCUUAUUCAAACAUUGGGAACACAAGGAGAAUCAGAUGCCACGUUAGCUCAGACACCUGCAAAACCCUCACUGGAGUACAUAUUUUCACCACCACUGACACGCUCUAUGGCGAAACGCAGGUCUUUUGGAAUGAACCCGUCAGACUUAUCUGACUUAUCUGGAGGGUGAGUUUUAUCGUGCUGUUUUGUUGUCUUUGAAAAAUUUGUUCGUGCUUAUUAACACCAAAUUGCACUCGAAAUCAUGUUGUUACCAAUACAACACGUACUGCUAAUUUUAUCAUUGGAGUUUUUCUUCAAUAUUACCUGUUAUGCACCAUGUCUGAAAAAUUAAUAGUUAAUAUAUAGAGGUGAAGAUGAUGAAACAGUGAUAUAGUUUCCUUGAACAAAUUGGCAAUCGAAAACCUUUCAAUACCUUGUCAGAGCGGGGUCCUGCUCUGUUUAGUUGGUCUGACUAUUUGUAGGCUAAUUGCGGGUGAUAGUGAUGAACAAUUGAAGCCAAAUUUUAGGAACAAAGUUCAAAAACAUACAAGCGCUUAUGUGUAGUUGCUUCUCAGUCGCUGAACGUACUCCGCUUCGUAAAAAGUUAGAUCUUGAUGUACUCAUUGUCGUUUAAGACAUGGUGGUCACUAAACUAGCUGAUAAGAUACAGGUACAUAAAGCUAAAGUUAAGGUUGUGUUAAGGACACCACAUCCAUGUUAUGUUUUUGGCAUGGGGGGAAUGGAACAUACCAUCAUCGAGAAACAAAAUAGAAAGUUAUAUUAACAAUAAUUCAUUGAGCAGUGGCUUGUUUUAAGCUUCCUAACAUUUUUCUCUAUUUGCAGAAGAGAAGUGUCUGGACAAUAUACACCUUACCAGUCUCCAUCCAAUAGUCCGAUCUCUUUUGUCUCACCCGUAACCCAGCCAAGUUCUUUGCCACGCAGCUCUCGCAAAAAAAUUGUACGUUUGCCAAUGCAUUCCAUGACUCUGCGAUCAAGAAAGUGUCCCGGAAGACCAACACGAGCUGCAAAACUACCUCACACUAAUUUGUAAUUGGCUCAUGCAGUGCUGAUGAUAGAAAGUACAUUUUAGGAGACACUUUUCGUGUUCCAGCUCCCAUUUGAAAGUCAAUACUGUAGAGUGCAUUAACUAACCUGCCCCGUUAUGACUUUGUUGAAAGUUUUUGUUUGUCAAUGCAAAGAUGUGUUUGACGUUUUAGUAGGGUAAUAUGAUAUUUUGCAAUAAAUAUACCGUAUUUGAAAAUAAUUAGCG